GAAAUGGCGUCCCUUCCGCCCGGGAAGGGAAGGCAGAGCAGGGCCCGGGCCGCCUGGGGAGAGGCGGGGUUGGCCUCGGAACGGAAGCGGGUUUCCCUGGCAGGCAGGCUGGCAGGCAGGUACUACAGGUCAGGCCGGCCGGCCGGGCCCGGUUCCGGGUGCCACUGACUUGGCGACGGAGGAGGCGGAUGAGGAGGGGGGGGGAGGAGGAGGAGCAGCAGCAGCAGCAGCGCGGGAGGAGAGAAGAUGGCGGCGGACCGGGAGACGGAGGUCCCGGCUAUUGACAGGAGCUUGCUGGAGUGCUCUGCUGAGGAGACUGCCCUGGUGAGAGGCCUCGGGGGGGGGGGAGGGACGCCGAGGGAGGGGAGACCGAGGGGUUUGGCCGGCCGGCCCGGGGGUGGGCGUCCGACCCGGGCGUUAUGAGGCCCGGCAAGGCUGACAGGUGUGUGGGUUGGGACGAGGAUAGGAGGAGGGAGGCUGUGAGGGGAUGCUCGGGGCUGCGGGCGGAGAAAGAGGCGAGGGGCCGGAGAGGGUGGGUUGGGUUUUUUUUGGGGGGGGGGGAGUUAGAGUUUGUGGGGGUGGGCAGACACUCGCUCCCCAGCGAUGGGGGGUGGGGGGAGCCACGUCCAGUGAAGGGGACACGCAGGUUGACACGCAAAAGAAGAAGGAGGGAGUUGAGAAGACAAAGCUCGGCGAGCAAAAAAAGAAAGGGGGUGUUGCGCGUGACAAAAGGUUUUAUUGCCUAGCGGGGAAGGCGGGAGGGUCUUCGCUGCUUGGCGUCGGGAAAACGGGGAGGGGCGGGAGGGGGAAAGCAAGUUUCCCAAACAAAAAUGGUCUGCGAAGUUAGGCAAGGAGUUGUGCCGCAGUGCUACUACCGAGAGAGCCCUGGGGUUGAUUUUUUCCCUUGAUGCCUCUGUGCUGCUCCAAAGAGCAAAGCGGCGGGUCUUCUGGGUCGGGGGGAAAGGGUCGUGUGAAAGACCCUGCCAGGUUGUCGCGGCGAAAGGGGGCAAGAGCGGUGACCCCUCUGUAAGCAGGAUCGGUUGCAUGCUGACUUAACAGAGAAACGAGUCCGUGGUAAGUUACGGACUUGAUUCGAGGGAGCACAAGUCAGCGGGGUUAAACCAAACUGCGAUCUGAAGUGCGCUCCUUUUUUAUUUUUAUUUUUAUUUUUUUGGGCUGCUUUUUCUUUUCCAAGGCUAUUGGGAAUGGAUUCCUUCCUGCAAUAAAUUUUGGGAUUGAUCUCUUCGACUUGUAUUUAAUUUGUAAACAGAGCUUCUGGUACCAGUCAUAAAUAGGCUAUGGUGGUUGACAUUAAAAUAUUGCAUAUUCGGUGGCUUCGCACUUUCCCUCCUCGUCUCUAAGUUUAAAGUCAUAAUGGGAAAUGGCAGGUGUUCUCCCAUCUAAACCACUUCCUCACAAGCCUCUGUGUCUGUAGCGUUGUUGAGGGUAUAAUUGAAGAGUCUUAAGGGGAGGUCAUUUCUAUCUCUUUGGGGAAUACUGUAUUCUUUCUAGUUGCCCCUUAAACAGAACUCAUGUUUUUUUUAAAAUAGCUCUGAAAUUGUUCAUCUGACCCAUCUUUUAGUUCAUAUGAGCAGCUCUGGGAAGCAGAGAACAAUUCCUUCCAGUCAAAUAAGUUGCCAGACUUUAAAACUUUUAACACUCCAAUAAUACAUGAGCAGCCUAGUAAAAAUUUGCAGUUCCCUGCAAGGUUGGAGAAUGUAUAGUUUGAUGGAGUGUCAUGGUGUAACUUUCUAUAGAUGGAUAUGGAGUUAAGUUUUGACAUCAUUGUGUUCCUUUUGUGUGUUUCGUAAAAUAUAAGAUGAAUUAGAUGUCACAAGUAAAAAAAUGUUCUAACAGCCUGUUCAUUUUAGCACCUCAUAUGACCAGAAUUCUCUUCUAACAUGUUAAUACUUAUAAUUUUAUAACUGAGCUCCUGACUUCUGUUACCAAGUAAAAAACUUUCCUCCCAGGACUGAAUUUUAGCUUUUUUUGUUGAAGUCUUGAUACCUUUUCAUAGUACUCUCUUGACUCCCAGAAAUGUAUUAUCAUAAUUGUUGUUACUUUAUGUUUAUAUGUUAAGCUCAAUAAAUUCACAAUUGAGCUCAGUAGCAUCCUGACAUAAUCUUUAUAUUUAGACAUUUUGAAUCUAGUGCUUGCAGAUUUGGUUCUUCCCAUACCCACAACCGUUUGCAGGAUUGACACAUAGAAUUGUGGAAUUGGAAUCUGUUGCCCAUUGUGCGGCCUUUAGCAAUAUGGAGUGUUUUAUAGUCCUCAUAGUAGCUAUCAGUAACAUGUUAAAUAAAAGUUUUUAAUUAUUUAAUAGAUUGGUAUAGAAAAUUGAAUCUUGUUUGUAUGUCUAGCUCUCUUUUUCUCCUGUGGAGAUUUGAAUUUUUGUAGGGAACUUGUGGUAACAGUUGCAUUUUCUUUUUCUGUGAACAAACAAUGUUCUUAUCUUUUGUAUCUUGCACCCUAUUUUUAAAACAAAGGAAAGUAUAUCUUGUACAGUAGAAGGCAAACUUGUAGCCGAGACACUCCUGUGUAGUCACCAAAGACGUCUAAUAUUCAGUUGUGUUUAACUUUUCUAAUGUUAUCACAAACUAUGCUUAUGGAAUUGUUAAAAUUAAAUGUUUUAUAUCUUUUAAAAAUAUAUAAUUUAUGUGACUAGUUUAUUAUGAUUAAAGGUUCUCUGAGUAUACUAUACAUAGAAUUAAAACCUAGAAAGAAUAUAAAUAGAAGGUGGCUUCAGUUUUUAUUUGAAAUUAUAAAUUAUUUGCAUUUGAAAAAUACAAGUGUUUUAUCUUAGGAUUUUUGCAGAUACAAGAUGUUUAAAUAUCAUCAAUAAACAUUAUUAUGGCAGUAAUCCUUUUGAAAUAAAUAGUAAGAACUAAUAGAUGCAUGUUUUAAUAGAUGAUUUUCUGCUGUUGUAAAAGCAGUAGGUGGUUCAUUUGUUUUCAGCCCACUGAUUAGUAAUGACAAAAAUAGCAUUUUUAACCAUUAAUGACAUUGACAACCUUAUUUACAUAUUCUGUGUAUUUACUGUAAAUGAUACUUUAAAUCUAUUUCAUUUAAGGUUGUUUCUUAAACAAAGUGAUUGUUUUUUUAAAAUCUAAAAUCAAUGGAAGAUCAAGUUGUUGAAAGUGAUUAACACUGUUGGGUGUUGAGGUUAACAAUAAUUGCACUGCUGCAUUUUUAGUUGUGCUUUUAUGUUAGUUUUUCCGCUAAGAGGAAUUAGAAAGUGGACAAGGUUCUACCAAGAAAACAUUGGCUUGGAUUCAGUUUAGCACUAAGUAACAAAGAUUAACACUUGUGCUGUUACUUGGCACUAUAUUAGAUGAAAGCCGUGAUUCAGAUUGUUUAAUUCAGACUCUUUAAUUCUGGCUAAAAUAAUUUACAUGCAAAAGUUGAUAAGUUUGUAUCAUUACAGCCUGACCUAUCCACAAGCACAUUUAUACAAAUUAUAUGGCAACUCCUUGGCUUCUGCUUUGAGUUCACUUAAAAGUGCUAUACAACUUCAUCAGUAAAUAAAUCAGAUGAUUUGACUGACGUAUCAAGCUUUCCAAGCUAGGGUUUUCCCCCUUAUUAUUUGUGUACUUUAUGCAUAAUAAUAAUAAUAAUAAUAAUAAUAAAUUAUUUAUACCUCGCCCCUCCCCGGCCAGAACCAGGUUCUGCAUUCUGAAUAGGUUAUCACGUCAAAAUAUUUCCAGAAAAUAACUGAAGUAUUGGAUGGAGCUGUGAAAACCUAUGUUCUUUAUUAUUAAUUAUAUUUGUUAGUCGCCUUUUGCAAAAAAAGUCUCAAAGCUAGAUAAAAUACAAACAGAUAAAAUCAAAUAGAAACCAGAAUGUUUAAAAUGACAUACAGUAUAAAAUUCCUAAAAUGCUCAUCAGCAUUACAAUAAAAAGGAUGAGACCUGCCCAUUGCCAAAAAUGAGCCCCAAAGAAGAAGCUAGUUUUGCUACCAGCAUGUCUAAAUAUUAGGUUAAAUUUUGGAAAUGGCAAGGUUCACUCUGUAUAAUGUUUGGUAAUUCCAGGAUGAAAGUAAUAGGAAUUGCCCAUCACCUUUGUGCCCUGGGCUUGUGAAGUUUGAGAAGAAUUUGGAUGGUUUCUGGUAAGAAAGAGAUGCUAGACUAGCUGGAUCUUGUCUUGAUCCAGCAAAACAAUUCUUACGCUCUCUUUGUUAAGGCUCAGUGGUGGGUGUACCAAAUUAUUUCAUUCCUUUACCGCUGAAAAAUAUCAGAGCUAAUCAGGAAGAGCUUUCAGAAUAACUUUCAUACAUUUCUGUCAGAAGACAGUUGGAUCCUUCCUGCAUUGGUAUGGUUGCUUGUUGGGGAAUACUCCCUUGAACCUCCUCCCCUAUUUCAGGUUGAUCACAGUUGUGCGGUGCCACUUAACAUUUUUUUUCCCCUCAUGCAGGCACAGCAUAAAUGUCAAGCGUGGCAAGUGAGGUUACUUCAGGCCAGGCAUACUGAAGUUGAAUCACUUUGUGUUCCUGGCAUGCCUUGAAAACCCACUUGCUUAUUCUUUGUUUUUUAAUGACUGUAGUUUUAAAAGAAAAGCAGUGAUAUAAUGGGCUUUGAAGCCAUGUCUUCUGAUUAACACUAAAAAAAAAAAAACCUUUCAAGGCUUCCAUUCCUUCACCUUGGCUCUCUUCCACCCCACCCCAUACUAAAUGUAACACCGUCAGCAGAAUUCCAUUGAAGAAAACUUUAAAAGCAGUAAAACUUUUAGAGUAAACAGGAUUAAUACUACAGAUUGUGAAACUGUGCGACAAAAAGAACUUCAUUGACUUCUCGUGGCUGUUGCCAAAUGCAGGUUUUUUCCUGGGCAGUGCUCUUAUCCAAAAUGAGGUUGUUUACAAAGGUUUAUGGGUUUAUUUGUAUGUAGUUGCACCUUUCUUUGAAAGCUUUUUGAAACUACCAAUUUUGAGGCAACAGCCACUUUUCAAAGGGUCCUCCAGCUAGUUGUGCAGUUUGACUUUAGACUUGUAAUUAUUGUACAUCUCUGUGUACGCAUUGCCACAUGGUAAACUACUUUGAAACUUGCAGCUUUUAAAAGGAAAAAAGUUGACAACUAAUUGGUCAUGGAUAUGCUCUUGGAUAUGCUCAAAGCAUCUCUCUGGACUGUAGACGUUAAAAUUGACUGUAUUUUAUAUUGAUAGUUGUGGAGAUGUUAUACUACAUAGGAAAGUUCUACCACCACUGUAGUAUUUUCAUAAAGAAAUAUGCUGGAAAGCUAUGAAAUAUUUUUUAGUUUGAGAUGGUUGCUGAUGACCUGAAUGGGUUGGGUAUUGUCUCUUAUCAUGUGACAGAGGCAGGAGAGCAAAGAACUUUGGGAGGCAGUGCUAAUGUGUAUUAACUUUUCCCCCCUUAUAGAAGUGGCUGCAAGCACCUGAUCUUCCAAAAGAAAUAUACAAGCACCUUGCCUACUAUGUACCCAAAAUUUACUGUAGGGGUCCUAAUCCAGCCCCACAAAGCGAAGAUUUGCUUGCGCAACAGGUUUUGCUGGGACCAAUGGAAUGGUACCUAUGCGGUGAAGACCCUGCAUUUGGCUUUCAGAAACUUGAGCAAUCCAACAAACCUUCGCAUCUUUGUGGCCGGGUGUUUAAAGUUGGCGAGCCUACAUACUCUUGCAGGUAACUAGUCACUAGUCACUUCUUUUAAACUGUCAAGCCCCUUAACAGUUGAAUGAUUUGAGCUUUAUUUAUUUAUUUAUUUAAAACAUUUUUAAUACCACCACUCAUUAAAAAAUUGAGGGCAGUUUACAAUAAAAGCAAUCCAGUGAAAGCAGGUUCCCUGCCCAGGAGCUGUUGUAGUUGGCAUACCAGUUAAAGUUGAAGAAAGGCAGCUACAUGCUGCAGACGGUUGGGGCUGCGUGGAAGGUGGUGUGGGAGGUUGUAACUGGAUGUAGGAUUUUGGCAAAAAACGCCUCCUCCCCUUUUUCCGUUAGGUCCCAACUAGAUCAGGCUACAUACUCACGAGGGCACAAUUUGAUACCCUUGUUAUAUCUGAUCUCUGGUUCCAAAGAACAGCAAAAACCCAACCUGUUUGGGUUAUUUGUGGCUGCCAUUUAGUACUUUUUAAUUCUCUGCUUUCUGGGCAGGUAGUGGUUUUGAACUGCAGUUUUUGUUUCUCCAUAGCUUUAGUCCUCAUAGUUUCAAGUGUCAUGAAUCUUUGGAAUUUCAGCAGCUCUUUCUCAAAAUUGGGUGUCAGGAUUGCAGGAGUUGUGGUGGGUUGUCCAUACUUGAACACUAUUUCCCCUCUCUCCCUCUCACAUAAAUGCGUAGGCUUGGGUCCCAACAUACAUACAGAACUUCCAGAUUUAGCAACUUGUCAGCCUCCCCAGAGAAAUAUAGGGUUGUGUUCAACUAAUUUUUACUGAAGAGUAGAUUCAUAUAAAUUAAUGAACACAACUAAGUUGGGGCCAUUAAUUUGAAUGGGUCUACUGUGGGGGGACUUCAACAUAGCACUAUGGGAGUUGUUCCAUCAGUGCAAACAUUUCAGCUUGUCAGAAGGAACAAUCUCCCCUCUCCUCCCAAUCACACACUGUUAUAGCAGUUCUCCUCUAAGCCACCCAUAAUGAGCACCAUUAUAAAAUUUAAUCCUAAUUUCUGUAGUUUUAAAAAAGCAAUCAGAAAGACACAUCCACAUGCAAAAACAUGACUUUUCACCACGGGUAUAGGGCGAUAUAUGAUUUCAAUAAAUAACAACGACGACAACAACAACAACAUAAUAUAAUAUUUCCAUCUGCAUAGAAGGUCCUAGGUUGUGUCCAAUAUACAUUACAGGCUUUUUCUCAAGCAGUUGACAGUUCAAUCCUAUACAGAUCUUCUCAGAAGUGUCCUAUUGAAUUCAGUGGCGCUUGUUUUUAGUUAAAUAUGUAUAGAAGUUCAUCCUAAACAUUGUGUAGUUGGCCCUUUUAUUAACAUGUUUUUCUGCUCUCUUUUUUUGUCAGAGAUUGUGCAGUUGAUCCAACUUGCGUGCUUUGCAUGGAAUGUUUCCUGGGAAGUGUUCACAGAGAGCAUCGAUACAGGGUUAGUAAGCCUAUAUGUGAUUUUAGUGAUGUCUCAUUCAGAAUCAAAUUUGUGACUUGGUCAAAUCAAAUGAGUGUAUAUUUUAUCACACUUUUUCCCCCUGUUGCCUUUUCCUCUCCUCCCUCUCUCUUCCCCCGCUCCCCAAUGCAAAAGUAGCAUUACAAAAGCUAUGAAAUUCAGUAUGUAGGAAGUACUCCCACUUGCCUAGGCAGCCCUGAUGUUUUCACACAGAUCAGUACUUUGAGUAACAUUAAAUGUUGCGGCUUUCAGAAACUAAAAGUUUGACUUUGAAGUUCAUAUCCUUAGAUUAUAGGUGUAAGUGUAGGUAGAAAGGCUUAAUGAGAGUAAUCACAGACAAUAAAUGAAUGCGUCAAUCAGUUAUGACACAGCAGCUGCCUUAUUGCUCACAAAUAACUCAGCACUGUUAUUUAAAAGAAGAAAACAGCAUCUUGAGUAUAUCCCUUUAUCACUGAACAUAUGAUGCACUAAAGGCUGAAAUUAACAAAUAAAUAGGUAUUUUGGCUGCAAUCCUAUGGUCCCAGACAGGGCAUCCUAGGGACCAUAGGAUGUUUCCGUUCCCCCUGUGAGGGUGAAGGCAGUGAUCCAAACUCAUGGGAGAUCUGAACUAGUUUGCCCCCUUCCAAGCUGUCACAGGAACCUCUACAGCCCUAUCUUACCAACUUUGAGCUCUGAAACCAGUAGAUGCUACAGAGAUGGGUCAGUGUUCCCACUCCCUUGACACCCCUUCCACACACACACACACCCCAAAAGCAGAGGGAAUUAAUACGACAACCCAGGAGCCGGCUCAUGUUCCUUCCUAUUGGAAACAAUAGGAGAUAAAUCAUUUUUGAAAAAACAGAAAUGGGACAGGUAAUAUGGUGCUUCUCUCUCUCUCUCAGCCUGAGGCCAUGUGCCCAGUAGGGCUCUGGAUUUGGUGGUUUGUUGAUCUUCAGUCCCCCCGGCCCAACUUUUGGAUUUCUUUCCCCUUUACAGAAAUUAUCAGGGGUCUGCAAAUGUUAAUUCCUACUAAUCAGCUUUGAUAAUCCAGUUUUGAUGGCACAACAAUGCAGAUACGUUAUUUAUGUUAUCAUGUUUGUUUUUCUAAGAAUGGUUUAUGCCCUUUGCCCAUGCCCCAGGGCAGCUUACAACAAAGUUAAAUGAGGUAAAAAAAAAUCUAUGAAACAAAACAAGUCCUUAAAACACCACACCACUGAUAGUCUGAAGUUAUGUAGCUCAGUCUUUGUAUACUAUAGGUUGAAUUAUUUUUAUUUACUUUGAACCUGAAAUUAAUCCCAUAGCUUUCGUCAGGCAUUUUACCCCUUUCAGAUUUUGUUUCUCUACACUGCCACCCCAUAAUAUGCUUCAUACAAGUUCACAUGUUAAACAUAAUAAAUUGCACACUUAAAGUAAGGGAAAGGCUUCACUCUCCAUUCCCCUGGCCUUAUCUUUAAGUUGGACCUGUUUUUGCUCUGAUUGCUUAACAUAGAUUAUAGACUCAUAGAAUCGGCGUUGGAAGGGAUCCCAAGGGUCAUCUAGUCCAACCUGCUGCAAAUGCAGGAAUCCUGCCCACAGCUGACCCUGGGUGGGCUUGAACUACCAACCUUCUGGUUAACAGCCAGAUGCACUGUCUCAUUAGAAUAGCUGCUAACUGAAGAAGAAUAGGAUAAGAUAGUCCUUAUCUUGUUAUCGCUUAAUUCACUUGCUGGAGCAGGGGGAAACUUUCUGUAAUUUAUUUGGGAUGCGCAUUUCUUGAAGUAUGUAAGUUAGCAGAACUAAUAAUCAUAAGGCCAACCAGUCAGUAUUUUCCAUAAUCUAACCUAAAAUUGGAACUGGUUUAAGUGAGUCAUGCAAUAGACUCAAGUGACUCUUGUUCUUUUAUUCUAUACAAUAAUUCCUAUAAUGUAUGAUUCUAAGAUCAUGUCUGCUGAUUUGUCUGUAUGACCUCAUAUUUUAGAACAAUAGUAGGAUCUUCUCCUGUAGGCAUUUUAUCACGAGUAGAGGCUUGAGCUGGAACAGAAUCUAUUGAAUCCUUGUUCAUAAAAAAGCAGGCAGGACAGACCUGGAGAAUACGCCCUGCUUAGCUCUAAAAGCAAGGAGAAUUCUGCUUGCUAUAGCUCAUAUCAUUGAUUUACCCUUAGUUUGAAAGGUAAUAAUGACUUUCCUUCCCCUCUGCCCUUUCAUAAGACUUGCUGAUCCUUUGGCACUGGGAGCAGCCAGCUGUCAGGGCUAUUACUGGAAGAUGGAGCCUUAUUCUGGUGGUGAGCCCAAAGGACAUUCCUGUAGUCUCUGCUCCAUUGAGUAUAGGAUUUGUUAUACAAAAUUUUAAGCAGCCAUUUAACUUAACAUCACAAGGAUUGAAAAACCACCACGAAUCUCUAAAUUGUCUCUCAGGUCUUCUUCACUGUGUCCCAGAUUGCCAAUCAGUUUUGGAUAGAAAGCUUACCAGCCUGGGUUUUCAUUUAUGAAGCAUACUUUCUUCUUCAUAUUUAUUUUAAAAUAAUGCUGUAGAUGACAACAUCUGGUGGAGGAGGUUUCUGUGACUGUGGCGAUACUGAAGCUUGGAAAGAAGGUCCAUACUGCCAGAAGCAUGAACAUAACACUUCAGAAACAGAAGAAGAGGAGGUAAGGAUACACAGGUUUUCAAAAUUAUUUUGUGCUGUUGCUCAGGUAACUCUGGUUUGGACAGAGAGCAAGAUUUGAGAGCCCACUCUCUGGCCUAACUCUAGGCCACCCACAUGACAUCUUUGCUUCCUCCUGUACAAAGCAGGAGGGAAUACAUCAAGAUUGUUAUUUCAGUCAGGUGUGCUUUAUUAUGUUUUCUGUAUUUAAGUAUCUUGUUCUUCACUUCAGGAGCUUUUAACAUUAAAUGACUUUUUCUAGUCUUUCUAGCAGCCAGAUCCCAUAGACUAGGGCAGGCAUAGGCAAACUCGGCCCUCCAGAUGUUUUGAAACUACAAUUCCCAUCAUCCCUGACCUCUGGUCCUGUUAGCUAGAGAUGAUGGGAGUUGUAGUCCCAAAACAUCUGGAGGACCAAGUUUGCCUAUGCCUGGACUAGGGUGUAAGAAUUUUCAAAUAAUUAACUUAGAUUUGUUAAGCUUCUUUUAGCUGUAGGGGAAAUGUUAGAAAUUAUUACCUCGAUGUUAACACUUUCCUCCUUUUUUCAUUUUAGGAUCCUCUUGUGCAUUUGACAGAAGAUAUGAUAGCAAAAGUUUACAAUAUUUUUGCUAUCAUGUUUCAGUAUGCUGUAGAUAUUUUAACAUGGGAAAAAGAAAACGAUUUACCACCUGGUUUAGAGACAGUGUAAGUAAAAUUGCUGUUUGAACUUCCAAGACUGGCACAGUUUUUAAUGGAAAAAUGUUAGCUGCAUCUUAAUUCAUAAAUGACGUUGUGUGCCGCCUAAAAAGAGUUGCCACUGGUUUAGUCCCAUUGAAAUAAGUGUGACACACAUUUACAUCACAUCAGUUUCAGCGGGUCUUCAAUGUGAUCAGUUUUCUAUGGAUCGCACUCAGUGGAUAUAUCUUACUUGAGAGUAAAUGCUAUUGUGCUCAGUGGGACAUAGCUUUAACUAAACAUGCUUAAAAUAGCUGUUCCUUGAGGCUAAAAGGGAAAUGUUUUUAAUACACUUCUCUAAAGAAUUAUAUUGAUUUUUUCUUAUUGAAAAGUCUGUUCUCUCUCCCUCUCCUCCUUUAUUUACCAAAGAAAUUAGUGGUUGGGGUUUUUUUUGUAGAAUAAUGCUUCUUGCCAAUAGUAUCUAAUGCAAUUUGGCACCGCUAUAGUAAGCUAAUGUCAUUGAAAAUAGUGAUAGGAUCCAGCAUAUCCCAUAGGAUAAUAUAAUAACUUGGAUCCAGAGAACAUAAAACAGAACUCCACCUGUGCAGUAGGAUGUUCCUCACUACAACUCCCUCUGCCCCUCCCCAAGUUGCUCCUGAAGCUUGGUAGUCCCUGCGGGAUGGUCCACAGAGGGUCAGUUGGAUUGGGAAAUUAGAGGAAUUUGGCAAGGCUGUCAUGUACAAGCAGAAGUAGUUUUCCACUCACGCAAGGCACGGUAGUAAAAUUAAUCACAAGAGCCCUCCAUCUUCCUAUUGCUGAUUCAGUAUGUUUCCUUAAUAGAGAUUCCAGUAAAUAGAAGUAUUGAAAUGCUAGAGAAAAUACCUUGAUUGAUUUAAAUUAAUUAUGUUCCUUAUUCGUAAUACUGUCUUUACAGUGAGAAGACGGAUACUUACUUCUGCAUGCUUUUUAAUGAUGAAGUUCACACAUACGAACAGGUUAUUUACACUCUUCAAAAAGCUGUCAAUUGCACACAAAAGGAAGCCAUUGGUUUCGCAACAACUGUAGACAGAGAUGUAAGUAAGCUCUUUAGACUUCCAUUGAAAUAUUGGAUAAAAAUGAUUAAGCUUGGUCAGUUUAAGAGGAUUUAGUCCUGUAGCUCUUUCCAUAUUUCCUUCCUGCUAGCUGAUCAACCAUUUACCUUAUUUGGAGGAAUAGAAGGAGCUAGGCAAUUUCCAAAGCAACACUAGAGCAUAGUUCAUUAGUUCAUUCCUUGAUUAUACUUGCUGCAAUUGGCCCUCUUGGCAGGAGCAUACUUGAUAACAUACAGUUUUGCACCCCCACCUCCACUUUGCAAAUCAUGCUGUGAAAGUUGGGACACUUCCUUCCUGGAUGCCUUCCCAACCUGAGAUUCUUUGGCAAUGCUUUUGCAAGUUAACUUCACAGUGAGUCUCUGGGAAAGCACUUUUUAAAAUUUGAGAAAACCUCCUCUCUUCUUACACCAUCCACCAAGAAAAUAUAUUUUAGCCAGUCUUUUCUAAUGUAACAUAGAGGCAAAACCUGUAAAAACAAAGUGAGGCUCUCUCCAAUCUUUGUAGCACUGAAUAUUUUACAAGCAACAUGCUCACUCUGAGGCUGAAAAUUCAUUAUGGAGGGUGUGCGGCUGCUGCUGAAAUCAGAAAAAAAAUAAAAUAAAAAAGACCGGCCAGAGGGAAAGCACUAGCACAGGACACAAAAAAGAGCAAAUCUCAAAAUUAUGCACAAGAAUCAGUGAGUUUAUUGCUCACAAAUGUGUUUUGGAUCAAUAAACUCUUUCUUAAGGGUUAUUCAACCAUUUCCCUCUCAUGCAAUAAUCAGACUACAUGUAAGAUGGCUUAAUCGGUUUUUUUGAAGGGUGGGGGAAAACACACCCUAUGGUUGUAUCUUAAAUAUGUCCCUGCAUUCACAGAGGCUCUUGGCUCCAACGUAAACCUCCUCUCUCCCCCCUUCCAGUUAUGGCAGCCUCUGCUGGAGUGUAGCUUAGGAUAAGUAUUUAACCCAUGAAACUCAACUAGAACAAAAAUGGGCCUCAGUCUAAUUCAGGGGCAGGAAACUGGAUUUGCCUGUCUAUAGCCCUGGUUAGCCAUAACCACCCAGAGUGAUGUGAUAUCAUAGCACGUAUGCUUCUCUCUCUCUCUUAGAAAAACCCCUUUUAUUUAUUUGUUUCUUUAAAUAAAUCCCAGCUCAAAACAUAAUUUAAGGUACCGUAUUUUUCGCUCUAUAAGACACACCUAGUUUUAGAGGGGGAGAACAAGAAAAAAAAUAUUCUUCCCCUCUCUGCGCAGCGCCCCUUCAGCCCCUUCCGUUUCUCCUCCUGCUUCACUGAAGGGGCGCUGCGCAGAUAGGGAAAGCUGCGCAGCGCCUCUCCAGCAAAGCGAAGCCAGGAGAGCAAGGGGGAUUGGUGCGCACCGAUCCCUCUUGCUCUCCUGGCUUCAGGGAUAGCCGCCUGAAGCCUCUGGAGCGCAGUGGGAGCUCCCGCUACGCUCUGGGGGCUUCGCCUUGCUUUCCCUGAAGCCAUGGAGCCUGCAUGCGCUCCAUAAGACGCACACACAUUUCCCCUUACUUUUUAGGAGAGGAAAAGUGCGUCUUAUAGAGCAAAAAAAUACGGUAUAUAUUUAUUAUAUGAUUGUGGAUCUUUCAGAAUUGCUGAGGAAUUUAAUAGUUUUGUUUGCUUUUUCAUAGGUGAUAUUUGCUAUAUCAGCAAUAAAUGCAAUUUACAUGAUAAACAUAUGUGAAGCAUAUAUACAUACUGCUUACUUAAACUGAAUAUAUGACAUUUUAAUUUAUGUUAAAUAUAUUUAACAUAAGCUUAAUUGUGUUAAUAUGUGCUAUUUAGCAGAAGUCAUUGUUGGUAUAGGGUUGAUUUAAUUCAAGCAGUCUAAUUCAAGGAUUAGAAACGUAGGUGACUUCAAUGUGCAAUCAAAACAUAUUAUUUAGUUUUAGUUAUAUCUUUAAUUAGCUAUUAAUAGCCAUGUAACUGUUUAACAGGGACGCAGGUCAGUUCGCUAUGGAGACUUUCAGUACUGUGAGCAAGCCAAAUCAGUGAUAGUGGUAAGUGACAUUGCUUCAUUUCCCUUAACUGAAUGGUAUAUAUCCUUACUUCAUUAUAAUCAAUUCACUGUUAUAGCAUAUCUGCCCAUUAACAUUUUAAAACUGUAUGUGACAUUUUAAGAACGUUAAGGAAAUGUUAAAUGUGUUUGAUGGAAGUGGCAGCAUGCCUUGUAAGUCACUUGCCUGAUGGUUCUAUCAUUCUUCAAAAACUAAAAAUUGGCACAUUCUACUUUAAAAUUGUGGUAACCUCCAGAUUAGAUUACAGCAAUGUAUUAUACAUGGAGUUGCCUUUGAAGACUGGAAACUAAAUAUAAUUCAGAGUAUAAUUGCUGGACUAUUAAGUGGGUAUUGGGUAUUGGGAUGACAGCUCACAAGUGCUUAAAGUGUUGAAUUGGCUCCCAGUCAUAUUUCCAGGCAAAGUUCAAAGUGCUGGUGCUUUCCUUCAAAUUGCUAUACUGUUUGUGAGUAAAGAUGCAUAGGAUUGAAAGGGAAAAUGUAUAUUUUCAGCUCAAGUCUUCCCUAAGAUUCUGGGGGUCUAAUGAAGAAACCCCCAGUCCAACCUGUAUGACUCGUGCUAAGAAGCAAAGUUCAGCAGAUACAUCUACUGGAUCAAAAAUUGUAUUCAAAAGAGCGUAGCCAUAAUGUUUCUCUGCAGUCAUCACUGAAUUACUUGCACAAUGUCCAAAACUAGACUGGGACCUGCAUUGUGAUGAAUAGAUACUUGGCACUUUUGGCCUUGACUGUGUCAUUUAAUUGCAUGAUGGGAUUGAAGACUGAAAUCUUUUGUUGGGAAAGAAGCCUUGAACUCAUGGCUCCCCAUGCCUAUCAGACAAGUCAUGUGCUCUCCAUCUGCAGUUACAGAUAGUUGGAAGCCCUUUGCUGUAGUGAUAUCUGUCAGAGCCAGAAAGGGUAAGGGAAGUUGAACCUACAUGUGGUGAUGAACUAAUUUCAAUUAUUCCUAAGGCUGUUUGCCUUCAGUAUUAGAAACAGAAUUCAAGUUUUACCAUUCUUGCAUUACAAAGUGUAGACAUAUAGUACUAGAUAUUGGGAAAGCUUGUAAAAACCAUGAAAAUCCAAUUGCCUGGGAUUGUUCUAUGUCUUAACUGUACAAACUUGAAAAGUGCUGUGUUUGGGGCAAAACCUGUUAAUGGCUUCUCUUUUCCCUGCCCCUUUUCCUUUCCUUAAGAGAAGUACCAGUCGCCAGACUAAGCCAUUGAAGGUUCAAGUUAUGCAUUCAUCUAUUGUUGCCCAUCAGAGUUUUGGUUUGAAGCUUCUAACUUGGCUUGGCAAUAUUAUUGGAUAUUCAGGUACUGAAAUUUGACACACUUAUGAUAUAGCUGAAAGAGAAAAGCCAUGAUUGAAAAGCAGAAAAUUCCUCUUUCUAGGGACAGAAUGAUAGACUGACAUGGUCUUGUGGAUAUGGUACAAACAUAACAAAAAUAUAUGUGUUCAGGCUUAUUGGUUCAGUUUACUUAAAGCAUGAGGACGAAGCUACUUGUGAUGCGGAAAGUCCCUGAAAGAAUCUCCCAACAUUCUUUUCGUUUCCUAAAAUCGGCCACAAGGGCACUUGAAGUAGGGAGAGUUUUAUAUUUCUCCCAUGCCAUUUCCUGACUGCAAGUCAUCCCUAUCCCUGAGCAAUUUCAGGUCCCACUUGUCUGCUUUCUAAAUACGAUUCUCCUCUAAUGACCUUACAUCACUUAAGCUUUCUAUGUUGGAGACAGCCUAUUCUGCAAGAUCAUGCAUAUCUGUAGUAAAUACAAAAUAAAGAUGAAUGCCUUCUAUUUUAAGAAUGUGCAUGUUGGAGAUGUAAAUGUCUUACAUACAACUGAGUUUUAUGCACAAAACGGAUGAUUAAAGCAAACCAGUUAAUCCUUUUGGUUCACGUAUUACUGUUUCUCCUUAAUUAGAUGGCCUUCGAAGAAUAUUGUGUCAAGUUGGCUUACUGGAGGGACCAGAAGGAGAAAACUCUUCUCUUGUGGAUAAACUCAUGCUGUCCGAUUCUAAACUCUGGAAAGGUGGGCUAUUCCUUCUUGUUUUAAGAAUCUACCUGCACCACAGUCCGGUUGCUGGGAACGCAUCUUCUUUCACACAGCUAAAGCAGCCUAGAUAAAUCAGAGCAAAAAGCAGCUGUGAUGAGAGGGAUGGGCACAGACCUAAGGUGCUCAGAUACGAAAUUCAUAUAUCUUAGUUUACUCCUGGUUUACUUCAGUCUUGGUGGAAGGCACUGUCAAGAGGAAAGUGCUGCUCAGGAUAUCAUAAGAAGCAAGGCUAGAAGUAGUGAGGCAUUGAUCCCUGCCAAGCUCAGAUCUAAGCCAAACAAGCAUCUACACAUCCAAACAUCUGGAGCAGCAGAGCUGUAGACUCUGGGCACUUCUUAAUGCUGUGCCACGUCUUUCUAUGCUUCCUGUGCUCUACUGUGCAAGGCUUCCCCCUUUUGGACACCUUCCCACAUGGCUGGUGUAAGAUGCUACUGCUGCAUAACAACAACAACAAAUUGAUUGAUUGAUUAUUAUUUAUAACCCACCCAUCUGGCUGGUUGGGUUUCCCCAACCACUCUGGGCGGCUCCCAACAGAAUGUUAAAAACAAGAUAACUUGUUAUCUUGAUAUCUGAAGAAGUGUGCAUGCACACGAAAGCUUAUACCAAGAACAAACUUAGUUGGUCUCUAAGGUGCUACUGGACAAAUAUAUAUAUAUAUAUUUAUAUGUAGACUGCGUCAGACCAACACGGCUACCUACCUGAAUCUAAAGCAAGAUAAAACAUCAAUCCUUAAAAACUUCCCUAAACAGGGCUGCCUUCAGAUGUAUUCUAAAAGUCAGAUAGUUGUUUAUUUCCUUGACAUCUGAAGGGAGGGCAUUCCACAGGGCGGUUGCCACUACCGAGAAGGCCCUCUGCCUGGUUCCCUGUAACCUCACUUCUCGCAGUGAGGGAACCACCAGAAGGCCCUUGGAGUUGCUUUUUUGGUAAAACAAGUCUUUUAAGGCUGCAAUCCUAAACACACUUAAUAGGGAAUAAGCCCCACUCAAGUUGUUAGGACACCUUGUCUUCAUGACAACUUAACAAAAUGAUUUAACUAUUUCAGUCCUACAUCAGCACAUUGUCAAAACUUCAUGAUUGCUCUAAAGUUAUUUGGAUGAUGCUGUCAUAUAAUAGUCCUCCACGUUGAUAUGUAUCUUUCUUUUUUUGAACAACAACAACAGGAGCUAGAAGUGUGUACCAUCAGUUAUUCAUGAGCAGCCUACUUAUGGAUUUGAAGUACAAGAAGCUCUUUGCUAUCCGAUUUGCAAGGGUGAGUAACUUUCCUAAUGAAAAAUACUUUAGAAUGCAAAGUCUGACUUUUCAGGUAUUAUUAUUAUUAUUAUUUAUUACUUACACCCUGCCCACCUGGCUGGGUUUCCCAACAGCUCCCAAAAGAAAAUUAAAAGCACAAUAACACAUCAAACAUUAAAAACUUCCCUAAACAGGGCUGCCUUCAGAUGUCUUCUAAAAGUAAGAUAGUUGUUUAUUUCCUUGACAUCUGAUGGGAGGGCGUUCCACAGGGUGGGCGCCACUACCGAGAAGGCCCUCUGCCUAGUUCCCUGUAACCUCAAUUCUUUCAGUAAGGGAACCGCCAGAAGGCCCUCAGCGCUGGACCUCAGUGUCUGGGCUGAACGAUGGGGGUGGAGACACUCCUUCAGAUAUACUGGGUUUAGGCUGUUUAGGGUUUUAAAGGUCAGCACCACAUAGUGGAACACAUAGAUUGUUACACUAAAACAGGCAAACUUGGCCCUCCAGCUGUUUUGGGACUACAGUUCCCAUCAUCCCUGACCACUGGUCCUGUUAGCUGGGGAUGAUGGGAGUUGUAGUCCCAAAACAGCUGGAGGGCCAAGUUUGGCCAUUCCUGCACUAAAUAGUAACAACCUGGUGCCAAAGGCUCCUUAUGCCUUUUGGAGUUCUGGGUUGUACAUGGUAUUCCUGCAUGAAAAAGGACUGCCUGAUGACUUGAUGUUUGGGCACAUCUGCAUGUACUGUUUAGAUGCAUGCACAAAGCUGGCCUCAAUAUUAAAGUCAAUGUGGAAGCUUUGGAUCACAGCCUAAAUGUGGAAAUGUAUAUUCCUAUGUGAUCUGGAUGGCACAUGUUACCACUUUUGCUGGAUGUGCCUAACAAUCCAAAUAAAAAAGCAGUUAACCAAGGUUAAGCCAGGCGUAAUGGUGAACUCUGGCUUAAUACAAGCCAGAAUCAUUGUGCUGAAACUGGCAAAUGGCUUGGGGAGGGGGAGGGAGGAGCUCUCAUUCCUAGCUAACUGUGGUUUAUGAAGCCUGAAAGAUCGUCUGAAGAGGGCUGUUGUGUUGUGGAAUGAAGUCAGCGUCAUUUUCGAAUAACUUGGAGUAGUUAACCAUGUAAUCUGAAAAAUAAGAAUUAUUCUUAUAUAUUGCCCUGCUUCCCAAAUAUGACCUCUAAAUAUUGGCUAAACCCAAUAGCAUUUCCUUAUGACAACCUCUAAUUGACUUCCUUUUGCUUGACACAAGUAACUGUUGCUAUAACUGUGCUUAUUAAUGGUCUGGUAAAUUGUGAUGAUACUGCAAGUUUGUUUGCACUGUUUCUGCACAAAUGCAGUUUUUAGUACAAAAUCUUCCCAUCGCCAGCUUUAAAUUUAGUUAGAACAUCUGGUCAGUGCAGAUUAGAGGUGAAUUUCCCCCUUGUUGUUUAGAAUUAUCGGCAGUUGCAGAGAGAUUUUAUGGAGGAUGAUCACGAGCGGCCAGUGUCGGUGACUGCUCUCUCUGUUCAGCUCUUCACUGUGCCUACUCUGGUGAGUAGUGGUUCCUUUUUUUAAACUGAUAGUUGGCACCCUUUGCCUUUUUUGCCUCCUUCUUUAUUAGAAUUAUGAGCGAUUGCAGAAUGAUUAUGUGAAAGAUGACCACGACAGAGAAUACUCAAUUGUUGACCUUUCGGUACAGAUAUUCACAGUGCCUUCACUUGUAAGUACUUAAAUGCUGACUGCAACUCUCUUUGCCCCAACUCCCGCUCAGAUCUAACAUUAAUAAUUUGUUAUUGUUUUAUACACAGGUAAUCGGUCUUGCAUAGUUUCAUGGAUAAAAUACAGAUCUCUACCCACAAGGAGAUUACAGCCCAAAAUAGGCAAUGGAGGAAAGAACAGAGGGGAGGGGAAAGAGAUUCCCUACUAGUUCUUCUGUGAUAGUAUUAGAUCACUCAUUUAUGUUAAAUUAAUAGCUAGAGAAUAAUAGUUUCAUAGAUGAAUUCCUGUCCCCAGAGGAUGCGUGCUUUAAGGAAUGGGCAAGACAAUAGGUUGGUGCUUUGGUGUACUUUUAAUUCAUACAAAUAUUUUCGGUUGAGAACUUCAGUGACAGGUAUGGCUGCAACAGUUUCUCCUUUUAGUAAUGUACCAAGCAAUUAGAAAUUUUAACAUAAUGAAUUAAUAUACAUGAAACAUGCUUGUGUUGGAGGCAUUUGGCAAUAAUAGGGAAUAUGAUCUGACACUCUUUGAGACACAUGUUAAUGUCCUUUUUAUAUUUCAACUCUGUAUCUCAAUCCAGUGAGGAAGUGGAAUUGAAUGAGGCAAAAUUAGUUGUGCAAAGAUCUCUGUAUACCUGUAGGGCUCCAGUGCUAGGCUUUUGAAAUUGGAUUAGGGUUACAGUGCCAUAGAAAUGACAUAAUUAUGGGUGUAGCUAUUUAAGGUGACUGCUUGAAAAUUUCCAGUGAAGAUUAUAAAGUGCUGAACAUAGUAUGAAGAAAAUGUACUCCUUUUAAUGAGAAAAGUACCAAAUUAUCGCUGUUAACUGAUUCAGAUAUGUUAGACUGAAUAAAUAUGGGUAAUGUUUUGAUGUAAGGUUAAAGUCAACAGUUUAUUUUGGCUCAGUUACUGAAACAUUUUUUUUCUUGGAAAAGAUCCUGUGUACAUCUUGGCUGAGAUGUAAAUAGAUUGUUAUAUUGCCCAAAUUGGGUACCUUUUUACAGAUCUGAUUAAAACCAAGUGAUGAAAAGCAGGUUAUAGAGAUUUAGAACAAAAAAUCAUGCCAAUUAGUACUUUUAUGACUCAUGAGCGAUAGACAAAGCCCUGUCAGUCAUUAAAAGUACAGUUCCUAGUUAUAGACAUGGAGUUGUAACUCUUUAUUUUAUCCUUCAAAGAUCAGAGGAUUAUUAGGUGAUCUCCCACCUAGUAACUGGCUUUCCUGCCCAGACUGCUUUUGCUACAGAAAUAGGACUACCUUAUAUACACAGAAAAACCAUACACCUGAGCCUUCUUCUGUUAGUUGAGUCUCUUAUCUCUGUCAUUAGCAGACAUGAUUGAAACAAACCUUUAAAUAUAUAUUUUGACAUAGGCUCGAAUGUUAAUAAUAGAAGAGAACCUCAUGACUACUAUCAUCUCAACAUUUAUGGACCACUUAAGACAUCGAGAUAUACAGGGCAGAUUUCAGUUCGAACGGUACACUGCGCUACAGGCUUUCAAAUUCAGACGAGUCCAAAGCCUGAUUCUGGAUUUAAAGUGAGUGUUUUAUACCUAAUCAGACAAAAAUAUUUUUACAUGUAUAGCCCAAAAUCAGAUUGAAAACUUAUUUCUGCUGUACUUCAGGUACGUGUUGAUUAGCAAACCAGUUGAGUGGUCUGAUGAUCUGAGGCAAAAAUUUCUAGAUGGUUUUGACGUCUUCUUGGAGUUACUGAAGUGUAUGCAGGUAGGUGAUUUCUUCUUUUUAAGGUACUUAUAUUUAUCAAGGAAUAACAAAUGAGAUGGUAUAGGUGACUCUUCAUAUUACUGUUAAAAUAUUGCUAGGCUUUUGAAAUCUAUUUUUUACAGUUGCCCCAAUUUCAGUAGAGCUAAAUAUUUCUACAGUUCCCUCUGUAGGCAGUCGCUAGGGAAGAUUUACUGAGUCUCAGUACUGACCCUACCCUGUUGCUUUGAUCCUUCUCUUCUAAAUGAUUUGGCUUUUUCCUAUUUCUGAAGGGCAUGGAUCCAAUAACCCGCCAAGUUGGGCAGCAUAUCGAAAUGGAACCAGAGUGGGAAGCAGCAUUCACGUUGCAGAUGAAAUUAACCCAUGUCAUCUCAAUGAUGCAGGACUGGUGUGCUUUAGAUGUAAGUUGCAUCUCCUUCAGAUGUGUUCAGAUUAAUCUGAAUGAAUAAAAUAGCUACAUUUUCUUAAGGUUCUCAUAUAUAAACAAACAACAUGGUGUGCAUCAGUGAAACCAAACUGCUUUAACAAUUGGGAUCGCCAACAUUGUGCAUGUUUUUCAGGUAAUUAUUAUUGGAAUAGACUAGAUUGUAGACUUCAUGUUGCAAAAGGAACUGAGGAUUGGACUAGUACUUUAUAUCUCAAGGGGUAGAAGGAAGGGGGAUAUAUAUAAACAUGAGAAGAAUUAUCUGUUGCCAUCUUGGUUUGAACCAUUUUUUUCCCUGUCCUUAAUCUAAAAAGGAGGACUGAUCAUAACAAUGCCCAUAAUUUUGCAGCUUCUCCUGUGAAUAAGAAAUGAUAAAAUACUUUGAAUCUAGUUGCCUUUCUCUUUGGUCAGGACUUCCCACGCUCCACCUGACAAGAUGAGGGCAUAGGUGGCAAAUACCCAUAUCUUGCAGAUAGUUCCCCUUUUUGGGCUCAGAGCCCAGCACUUCAAGGAUAACAUCAAAGCGAGCCAAUUAGCUUAUAUCAAAGCAAGUGAAAAUAAACGCAUAUGAUCUCAUUGCUACAACCACUACCAAUUAAUUGUGGGGUUAUCCUGACUACCAAGAUGGCGUCUGCAGAGCUUCUGGAACAGUUCGCCUUUGGUUCAACACAAUUACUUUUUUUUUAAGUGCACUGAGUAUUGGUGUAAAGAUGCAUGCUAAUGAAAGCUUUAAUUUUAAGAUCUAUUUAGGACCUUUCUUUUCUCACUCUUUAGACUGAAGAUUCUCUGAGUGGCUAAUAAUAGUUUAAACACCGAAUAACUGAACUGUAACAACAGAAAUAAACAGAGCGGCUGAAGUAUCUCAGAACCAAGCCAUACAAUUUUCAAAGCAUAAAAAUUGAAAUGGCCUGGGGGAAUAAAAAAGGGAGCAUUCCAAAGUUAGGUUACCACAACUGAAAGGAUUCUGUCUCGGGUUGCCACCUUCCUUCCUUAGCUCCUGUGGGUGGGGAACAUGAAGAAGGGCUUCUGAGGAGGAUCUUAAUAUCAAUUGCCCUAGUCCAAAACCAUUUAGGGUUUUAGAUUGGUGGUAUGGAAAGGAAAAUUGAUAAAAUACAAGAUUCCCUUCUGCAAGCAAAACGCCUCUUUCACAUGUGGAAAGGCUUCUUUUAAACUUAGUGGAAGAGCAUUUUAUGCACGAAAUGAACUGAAAUACACAGAUGUUUUUCUGCUUGCAACGGUUUACACAAUACCCCAUGUUUGAAAUGUAGUUCCAUAAUCCCUUUGCUUACUAUUACACAGCUCCAGAUACCUUUUCAUGUAACAUCUUCACAGAAUUAUUCUGAGUAAACUCAUUCCACACAUCAUACUCUUUUGUAUUCAACCAAAUAAGCUGGGGCUAGGUUUUAUCUUGGUACAUCCUUAACGUGUAUAUUUUAAUAAUAAAUAGUGCUGUAACUUUAUGUAGAUGAGCCGUGUUUUCUUUGAAUAGAUUCAAUCUUUUUUAUAGGAGAAAGUGCUUAUUGAAGCAUAUAAGAAAAGUUUGACCACAUUGAUGCAAUGCCACAGCGGUUUUACUGAUGGAGAGCAACCGAUUGACCUCAACAUGUGUGGACACUCAGUUGAGACUAUCAGAUACUGUGUUUCUCAGGAAAAAGUUAGCAUUCAUCUCCCUGUUUCUCGUUUACUUGCAGGUAAGGACUACAUAUUUGGUUGGUUUUGUGCUGGAUUGUUUUAAAGCAGUUUAUACAAGCGCACUUGAAGAUUAGAUAUUUUCCUAAACUCUCCCCUUUCAUAAGAACUUGCAUGAAAGUGGCCUCCCAGUUUUUCUCACAGGCCCAUAUAAGUUCAGCACAAACAGUUGUGCCUGGUGAGCAUUUAAGGUCCCCAACCCUAAUUUGCGGGUUGCCAUCUGAUUGGAUUUUAUUCUGAUCCUGAUCUGAUUUGAGGAUGUAUUUUAAUUGAUUGUCUGAUUUUAUGUUAAUGUGUUAUACAUUUGAUGUUAGCCGCUCUGAGCCCGGCUUUGGCUGGGGAGGGCGGGAUAUAAAUAAAAUUUUUUAUUAUUAUUAUUAUUAUUAUUAUUAUUAUUUUAUUAUUAUUUGUUUGCUGACUCCUGUCAUCAUGAUUUCUCCAUAGUCAUAUGAACUCUAGACCCCUUCUUUAUUUAUUUUUUUAUAUGCACUACAAGAUUAUGAUAUAAACCUGCAAUCUGCAUGAAACAACUUCAUGAUUGUAGAUAUUGCCAAACUCUACUAUCACUAAUAUCUGCACAAGGUUACUUUUCAUUUGGUGCAUAUUAUCUUCAGAAAUGAACCAGCUCGUGACAAAUAAGUUAACUUGUAUUAUACCAUUGGAUUUGUUUGUUUGUUUCAUUAAUUAACAGGACUUGUAUACUGCUCAACCAUCAAAGCCUUUAACCAGUUUAUAUAAAAUAUAGAUUAAAGAUACUGAUAAAACCAGAUAUUAAAUAUAAACUGACCUAAAAAAAUCAAUAAUAUAAAUAAAGUAUGACACACAUAUACAGUUACAUAUUAAAAGACAUGUCAAAUGUACAAAUGUCAAAAGUUUUUAGCACAAGGUUGCCAUUCAUCUGGAAUUUCCCAGACAUAGCUGGAAUAUGGCAAUUGGAAGCAGUGUCCGGGCGGAAAUUGCUGAAAAGCCCUGGGAAAUCCAGACGUAUUGCAGCCCAUGUCGGAAGUCUAGAUUUUGGCGAAUUUCCUUAAAAAUAGCUCAAAAACAUCAUUUUUGUCCGGAUUUCCACUUUUUGAAAUAUGGCAACCGUAUUUUAGCAGGCAGCAAAAACAGAACCGUGAAGUUGCCUGCCCUAUAUCAAUGGGCAGGGGGCUCCAGAAUGUCGGUUCUGCCACACUGAGAUUGAUUUCUUUCAUGUGUGGAAUAAACAUUAUAUGACACAUCUAAGAGGCUGUUAAGUUUAUGCCCCAACAGGUUCCAUUGGUCUCCAAAGGUGGGCAAUCCAAAUGGGCUCACUAACAAUAGCCUGACAAUGACAAGGGGUUACCCCCGCAUUAAAUAUUAUUAUCUGAAGUAUAGCACAAAGACUUCCAUUUGAGCAACAGUGCUUUCCCUCUCCCCCUUUUGGCUCUGUGGGGCUUUCAAGACCCUCCAGAACAACUUGUGGUAGGACGAGGGUGGGGUGACCACUCCAGAGCAUGACUUUGAAGUCCUAGAUGUCAGAGUUAGAAACUGCAUUUCCUAGUAAAGCUCUAGUUCUUUUCAGCUUUGUUUGACAACCUCAGUAGGUCCCAGAGUGGCAAAAAUUGCAAAAAUAUUCUUCCUUUUUUUGUCUUUUGUCAAUAUAGGUUUGCAUGUGCUUCUGAGCAAAAGUGAAGUGGCAUACAAAUUUCCAGAACAGCUUCCAAUGGUGAGUGAUAUUUAGAUAAAUGUAUCUCUAAGGUUCAGAUUUUAAAAAUAAAUAAAAUUGCUUUGAGUGCAAAAAAGAACUGUUGCUGGUAAUGGUGAAGAAAUGGAGCAGUGUUUGAGAAAAGUUGCUUUAGCUGUUGGUUAAAUACUUACUUCCAGAACCACAACUGCCAGAAUGCCUUUGGAGUAGCCUAGCAUUCAGUGCACUGGUGGAGGGUUAUAUGGAGAUCAGAAUUGUUAUUUGGGAGACUGGAGUGAUCUACAGCAAACGGUAGGUAAGGCCUGGUGAAACAAGAUAGUGUUAAAGCAUGUUUUGUGCCUUAAAUCUGGUUAAGAUCCCAAGGAUACAGUGAAUAUGUGGUGCUGAGUUCCGCCUCUGGAGCAGUUUAUAGCGUGGUAUCAGUGAGUGAUACUCUCCAGAGAGCUGGAGGGGAUGACUAUUGACUGUUCUUGCACAUAACGCAAAACCAGGGGUAGUCAACAUGGUUCCUUCCUGGUGUUGCUGAACUCCUCUUCCUGUCAACUCUCAUCCUUGACCCAUAUUAGCUGUUGUUGAUGGAAGUUGUAGUUCAACAGCAUGUGGAGGCCCACAGGUUUAGUGCUAUAUGCCUGAGCUGGUAUAAGCUCAAGCAAGGCUUGUACUCUCACACUCCCGCUUCCAUUUGCAUGACUGGGAGGAUAAAUUCUGCAGCGUUCAGUUUCUUCUAAGCUCUGCUUGUGAUUGUGUGUGACCCAGAGAUUGCAGUUCAUAACAAACUUUGAAUUUUGCUUGUUGGGAAAAUAAUUGAGAAAAUAAUUUGUCAUAAUCUCUGGUUCACUUGAAAUGACAAGCCAUCCCUUCAUUGCGGGGGGGGGGGGGGGAAGGUUGCACCAGAUGAGCCUUGGGGUCCCUUCCAACUCUUCAAUUCUGUGAUUCUAAGAUUAGGGAGAAAUGAAGCUAAAUGCUGCAAAUUGUACAAACUGUACAAACAUUGUACAAACUGGUUCAGAACACCUGCAGGUUUUUUUUUCAAGAGGUAGAAUGGGCUUUCUUUCUAUUUAUAAAUAUAUUUCAGGGCCCUCACCAAACGUGAUGAAUGUCUAAAGCUUUUUCUCUUUUGUUAUAUUCACUUAAUGCAGAGUGAACUUAGUCCACCUAUGCUAAUAGAACAUCCCCUGCGAUGUCUCGUUCUAUGUGCUCAAGUACAUGCUGGGAUGUGGAGGAGGAAUGGGUUCUCACUUGUUAACCAAGUAAGUAUCGAACAUUUAUUUGCCCCUCUUUCUGUAUAUAUCUGAGAGUCACGGGGCAAUUUGAGAUACUAUUGCAUAAGGAGUUAAGUGUCCUAGAUCAGUAGCUCACAGCAUAGCUGUGUGUUAUUCUUCCUAGAGAGAUAAAGACAUUGGGGCAGGGAACUGUGUGCUCCCAUUUUUUUCCUGGGUCUUCAAAUAUUUCUGUAUGGCUGCUAAAUAUGUUUACCAAGAAGCAAGUCAAUCUGAACUCGUGAUUUCUUGUUCCACCCUGUAUGUACAGUGAACAAGAAAGUUAAAGUUUUAUGUUCCUGUAAACUGUCAUGCAAGAUCUGUUUAUGUAUAUAAACAUUGUAAAUAGAUAUAAUCAUUUUUCAUCCUAAGGGUUUUUUUUUAAAAAAUAGUAGUAAAAUACUAAAUAAGCUUCAGGCAACUUAUGCUAGACCCACAAGUUCCUGAUCAGCAAGUUGGGAAUGCAGCAGGCAUUAGCAUGCCCAGACAUGGUUUCUGGUAUCUGCGCGUUCACAGACGCAAUUUCCGGCGCUGCUCAGCGAGUUGCUUCAUUCCACCAGUUUAGCGCAGCAUGCGGGGGACUUGCCAAGUAGGCGGCUCGGUUCAGGGGCAGCUUGUGGGCUGGUAAAACGGUCUUUGUGGGCCGCAUCCAGCCCAUGGGCCGCACAUUGCCGACCCCUGCUUUCAACCAUGGCUUGUAUGUAAUUACAAGAUGAGAUUUAUGAAAAUCGGAGGUAAACCCAGCAGAAGUUCUUCUCCCAGCUGUGUGGCAGAAGGAGAGGGGAGGUUGGGGUGAGCAUGAAAGGCUUUAUUCAGGUUCAUUCUGGUUAUGCAAACCUCUUUCUGAUCUGUAUCUUGUAUUUCAUAUGAAUUACCUAUUCAAUUAUGAAAAACUUAUCUUUGCUCCUCCACAGAUAUACUACUAUCAUAAUGUGAAAUGCAGAAGAGAGAUGUUUGACAAAGAUAUAGUAAUGCUUCAGGUAACAUUAAUGUCAUUUUGAUGUAUGUGUGCUCUUUCCUAUUGCCUGAAUAUGGUUGUUUAAAGGACCCUGAGAUGUCACUACUCUGAUUGCUUUCUUUAGAAAGGUGGUUUCUUAGGAUGCUUUCUCACAUUUUUGUAUUUGUUUUGAGAUGUUUAGAAAAUAAUUUAUUAUUUAGGUUCUGUUUAGGUGGCUGAAGAAUCCCCAGUAUCAUAGUGUUUUAUGCCUAGAUGCAUAUUUUGCUUCUCUACUUGGUUUCAAACUCGGCGUGUCCUGAACUUGAGGCAUGAUGCUUCAGUAACAAUCCUCACAUACCUGUAUGUAAGAGGUGUAUGGUUUUCUGUGACUUGUCCUCUUGCAUGCACCUACAUCUAAAAUCCAUGUGCACACUUUGGAGAAGUCUCUAAUUGUAUUUUCAGCUAAGGGAGCUGCCAUGUUUGGGUUAUGAACGUGUUGUAUAUGAAAAAAUUAUAAACAGAACCAGUAAUAAGUGAAACUACAAAAUUUUGAAAAGGCAUCUGUCAAUGUUGCUACUUAUUCUUAAAAUGGACAAAAAUUAAAAGGGCUGUUUUGUUAAGUCCUGUGUUGCUUCCUAGGCAAAGUCUAAGGAAGAUUUGCGUUCAUAAAUUAAGGAAUAUUUCCAGCAUUGCAUAGUUUGUCACACUAUAGUAUCCAUGUUUCCAAAACAAGCAUGGAAAGCUUAUUUUUAAAAGGCAGGAACAUUUCUUAUUUUCACCUAGUCAGUGUAAUAAAUACAUUUAAAAUUUCAUUAGACAGGUGCAUCCAUGAUGGAUCCAAAUCACUUCCUGAUGAUAAUGCUGAGUCGCUUUGAACUUUAUCAGAUAUUUAGUACUCCGGAUUAUGGCAAAAGAUUCAGUUCUGAAAACUCCAAUAAGGUAAGCUAUGAGCUGUUGAAAGUUAUGCAUCUUUUUUAAAAAAAAAAAUGCAGCAAAUGGAUUACUGUACAUUAGACUUAUUUUAUAAUAAGAAAUCUAUAGCAUCUUUGUAAAAGUUUUCCGCAUACAAUGACUGCAUUCACACGUAAUGCUAUACUGUGGUUUGUUAAACAAACCACAAGUUCUGCCAUAGACAAGCAAACCAGCUGUGACUGGUUUCUCCAAAGCUUGGUUUGUUUUCCAUUUCUUCUUGCCUCGUGCUUCUAUAGCUUGACACAUGCCUGGAGUGGUAAUACCAAGCAAAGUUUGGUUAAGCAAGACUGUUCCAUUCAGACUUAGAGUCAAACCAUAGUUCGUAUGGUUUUGUGUCAUGCUUGCCAGAAAAUGAACCAUGGUUAGUCUGCUGGGCUGGGUUUGGAUGUUCAGACGAACUAUACUUUGCCUAUACAGUCACGGCUGAAUGUUCUGUAUAAACCAGGCUACUGAAUAUAUUUUUCCUUUUCUUUCAGGAUGUGGUUCAACAAAAUAAUACACUUAUUGAAGAAAUGUUGUACCUAAUUAUAAUUAUUGUUGGUAAGUUUCUAGUCUAUUUCAGUUUAUGUGUUAUGAAUUGAAAGGAUUUGGAAACCAGGAGUGUGCACUGACCCCAAAAUAAUGGUUUGGAUCCCAAUUCAGCACUUCAGAAAUCAGUUUGCCUUAACCUGAAGCAAUUUGUAGCUGGCCAAUUCAGCUAAGUUCCACCUGAGACCUGCUCCAUUCCUCUGCUGUUCACUAGUGGGAAAUGAAGAAAUGGCUUUCACUUCUUUCUUUUUGACAGAACUAGGUGAAAUUUACAGGCACCCUCCAGAGAAUAUGAUACCCAGUGAAUUACAGAAAAUAGGUUUAGGAGCUUUCAUGUUGGGUACUAUAAAAAAAAUAUAUUAUGAAAAUGUCUUAACUGUUAUUGGGUGGAAUUGAAUGAAAUUUGUAGGCACGUCACCCAUUUAGAAGACAAAUAUUGUGCCAAACUUCUGAAGCUCAGCUGAAGAAGUUUACUUGCAGGGUAGCCAUUGCAGUUUUAGGGUAUGCAAAAAACCCCACACCCCUAACUUAACCUUCCCUAGUGGUUUGUGGGCAAUUGCUCUAAAAAUUGAAGACCCAGGGAAGUGUCCUUUGGUAAGAUGAAUGUCGAAUUGGAGACAACUAGGACCAAGGACUUCUGUGCUAGGCAUCUUUUUAAAAGUUAUUUGGCAAUGGGAAGAACUAAAAGGGAUUUGCUUUCUGGGUAAAUAAUUCCUUCUGAUUAUAAGCCUGACCUGUCAGUCACUAUGGAGCACUGCCUUGGUGUUCUUUACCACUCUGGUGUUUGAUCUCUCAUCAGCCCACCCUGUCAGUAUGGUAAGCUUAGAUACAUUGCUUUUAAUUUCAGCAAGCCCUUGUCUGCAGCAUUUUUCUUCUGUGCAUAAUCUGCAUAGUGGCUUAAUGUAUCUUUAUCUAGCCAGGCAGAAAACAUAAUAUAUGAAUGGUUAAUAAAAGGAAUUGACCCCUGUUUGCUGUAAUUAUGGAUUUAUUUUGCAGGAGAGAGAUUUAUCCCUGGUGUUGGACAAGUCACUGCUACAGAUGAAAUCAAGAGGGAGAUCAUCCAUCAACUGAGCAUCAGACCCAUGGCACACAGUGAAUUAGUAAAAGCAUUGCCUGAAGAUGUGAGAAUCACUAAAAAUACAUUCAAUGCAGUGGAUGAAAGAACUUUUGGAAUUGUGAUUGGCUUCUGUGGAGAUGGGAGGAGAGGUUCAGUUUUCAUGGCAGGCGUAGAGAAAAUUGUUCUUAUGGGACACAAUGUCUUUCCAGCCAAUAGGCAUUUGUGUUCUUCUUUAACUCUUUCCUACAAUUUAAUGCUGCCUAGAAAUCUGUCAAUACCGUAUGUUAAACUUUCUUAGCAACUUGAAAUCAUUUUGCUGCCAUUGGGAGUGCAGUCGUGGUGAGAAAGCUUGCAAUGCCAUGAGGGGAAAAUGGAUGUUUGGUGAGGGGUGUGUGCAACAACAUGGAUAGAGCUAGUCGUCAAAUUGUUUUGUAUCUGCAUUGCUGCAUCCUAACAGGGUAAUAGCGGUGAGCUAUGGCCGCUGUGGAAGGUCAAACAACAGGAAAGUGGGCAACCAAAGCAGAAAUUGUGGUAUCCCACCACAUUUGCAAGUUAGGAUAGAGAGCAUGAUUCUGAGAUAGGACCAAAGUAUCCUUUCAGAUUGAUAAAUUUUGAUGAUGAUUAUAGAUAUACCAGUGUUCUAGUGGAAAUAUUUGGGAAGUAGUUGCUAGUCAUAGGCAUAUCCAGUGAUUUUCUGUUCCUUUUUUAAAUUAUUCAGGAGAACAAGGAGACUGGGAUGGAAAGUGUGAUCGAAGCAGUUGCCUGUUUCAAGUAAUGUCCUUUCUGCAAUCGUCUUUCUAAAUGUGUAAAAUAACAACAAAGCAUAGCCUUCUUGUUUGUUUUUUCAGUUUCUUCAUAAUGAGUUACCAGGAUGGGUUACACAAUUUACAAAUACAUCACCAUGCAACAGAUUGCUUAAGGCUAUUCUUAACUGCAUUCAUAAGACAGUAAAUGUUUUGAAUGAACUGUUCGCAACAUACAUAAUCACUGGCAAAUCUGACAAGGUGUAUAGGAACACUGUUUGCCAAAAGUAGUUGUUGACAAACAAACCCUUCUUUUUAAAAAAAAAAAAAUGUAUAUACAAAUUUGUGAAAGAAGGGUGACUUCCAACAUAGCCACAGAUACUAUCUGCUCCCACCUCAGGGUUUCUUGUUCUGGCAGGUUGGGGUUUCCCUUGAACAUAUUUUGGGGGUGAAUGAGGGCUGGGGAAGGGAGAGGAGAAACCAACAGCGGAAGCAGAUUUUAAUUAUACAAGCAAGUGGGCAUCACUGGAUUUUGCUAAAAAAAAAUUACAUACAAAAAAAACUUCAAAAGGGUGUGCCAUGUUAGCCUUUUGCAGCAAAAAUUAAAAGCUAACCAAUUAAUUAUGGUCUAAACUUUUGUGGAUUAAAAUCCAUGUCAUCAGAUGCACUAUUCUUCUGAUGAAGUGGACCUCUAAUCCUCAAAGGUUUUUGCCAUAAUAAGUUUGUUCAUUUUUAAGAUGCUACAGGACUCUUUGUUAUAUAGAAGGAAAUAAAAAGCAAGAAGGAAGGAAGAAGUACUGUAAAGGGAAACAAUAGCUAUCUCUGGUACACACCUACCAGAAAGAAACUGUAUAUGAAUCCCUUAAGAGAGUACUACUGGUGCUUCUAGUGCAGUAGUUAAAAGGAUAAAACAAGGCCUGAAUAGGCUAGUAUCCCUCGUUCUUGAGUUUUCAAAGGGCUUGCUAUUUCAUGUACAUGGAACCUUUUUAGAAGCAAUGUUCAGUUAUUGAGGUGUGAAUUCUAAGUGUUCUGUUUGUGUUUUAGGAAACCAGGACUAACAGGCAGAGGAUUGUAUGAGCUGAAACCAGAAUGUGCUAAAUACUUCAAUUUAUAUUUCUAUCAUUUUUCAAGGGCAGAGCAAUCCAAGGUAACAAUGAAAUAUAAAUAAAUUGUAAAUAAAUAAAUAAAUAUAAAUAAAUAUAAAUUAAAUUCCAAAAGAUAAGUUUACAGCAAUAAAUCAAACUUAAUGAAAUUCCUAACUUGUAACACUGACUGGAAGAUCUCGUUUUCAGAACUAGAGAUCUUCUGUCAAAGGUUUGAAUGGGCUGCUCAAAUCAAUAUGCAGAGUUCAGCUUUGUUGCCUGCUUAAGUCCCUGGCCUCAAGCCUUUGAAGGGUCCUCAUUUGUCUACCCAUUACUUGCCAUCAGCACACAAGUUCCUUUGCCUAUGUGAUGCUUUUGCCCAGUCUUCCUUUGUUUUUCUUAUUGCCCCUUCCAUCCCAUUUCCUUCAGACUUCUGCAUUUAACUGGAAAAGGGAAUUGAAAAUAUAAAGGUGUGGGUUGGAAAACCUAUCCCAUACAAGCACUUUUGGAUUCCUGUUGAUCCAUCUGAUAUGACCAAAUAAUCUGAUAUUGUUUGAUCUGCCAGUGGCUUGGCAUUGAGUUUUUGCUGAACCACAUUUCUGUUACCAGGAAAACAUUGAAAGUAAUACUGGGAAAUAUAAAAAAAUAAAGCUUCUUGCAUUACCUAACGCUACUUCUUGGAAUUCAUGCCGGGCAGCAAAAUAUAAAAACCCAGAUGUAAACAGGCAUUGAGUUUUGGCUGAAUCACAUUUCUGUUUCCAGGAAAACCUUGAAAGUAAUACUGGGAAAUAUCAAAAGAUAAAGCUUCUUGCAUUACCUAUCACUACUUCUUGGAAUUCAUGCCGGGCAACAAAAUGUAAAAACCGGCCUGUACAAAAAUAAACAAAACUGCUAACAAAUCAGUCUUUUAUAACAAUGAAGCCUGAGUCAGAGCUGCAGGAUUAUUGUAGCACUCAAUGUAAUGCAGAAAAAUAGAAGAGGAAAGUAAAUGGCAGUGUCUGUUAAUUUUGCAGAAAUAAUAUUGUUGCCUUUAGCAUUUGGAAAAUUUAAAAUAUACAUAAUUCUUUUUUUUUAAUAAGGCGGAGGAAGCCCAAAGGAAAAUAAGGCGACAAAACCGGGAAGAUACAGGUACCUGUCUUGCUAGUGUAUGAGGGUAUCCUCAGUUGUCUCUGCUUUUUAAAAUGUCAUCAAAAAUGAAGUUGGCGCUGAGCUUAAUUCAAGAUAUAAGAAAUUUGCAACAAUGUACAUUCUUGAAAAAAAAAGUUUGAAAUUUUCUUCCUGCUUGUAAUGGAUUAUAGAAAAUGAAGGCUAUGGAAAGACUUCCCUUGAGAUUUGCAAAAACAAAUACUGCACAUCAGAAUGGUGUGGCUGCUCCUUCAUACUUGGAUCCUUUGCUGUCCAGUAUUGUUUGGAUAGUUGAAAUCCUACGAAGUUUGGGAUAGUUUGGAUAGUUGAAAUCCCAUGGAGAGGUGACAUGGAAGCAUUGCAUAUGAUCUGUGCCACAUGAUUUCAUUCAUCGGCAGUUCUUAGGAACAGCUUAGGAUCCGGAUAUGGGAGAAUGACAACAGAACUGCUUUGAUUCUCUAAGAUCAGGAAAUAGGUUGCAGUCUUAUACCCACUUACCUGAUAGUAAACCCCACUAAACUCAGUGAGUAGAUGGGCUUGAAAGAACAAAAACUUGGGCUUGAAAGAACAAAAACUCCCGAUGUCGUUUUGUCAUCUUGAAAGGCUCCAUGACAUAUUCUUAAAUAUUUCAUGCACAUUUCAAAGUUUGCUGCAGCAGGGCUAUACAAUAUUUCAUUCAUUUAUUUCUAUUUCAGCUCUCCCACCUCCUGUUCUACCUCCAUUCUGCCCUCUGUUUGAAAGCCUGAUCAAUAUUCUGCAGUGUGACGUCAUGUUGUGCAUUAUGAGGACGAUACUGCAAUGGGCAGUAGAGCAUAAUGGCUAUGCCUGGUCGGAGUCCAUGCUUCAAAGGGUGUGUUUCAUCUUUAAACUCCAGCUGUUAUUAAUUCACUUAUAAAUAUUAGCAAAUUGUAUAGAAAGCUUUUUCCAGAAAUACAAACUCUAAGCAUGUUAAUUUUUUGCUUAGGUUCUGCACUUGACUGGAAUGGCCCUUCAAGAAGAAAAACAACACAUUGAGAAUGCUGAUGAAGAUAAUGUAAUAACAUUUACUUUCAGUCAGAAGAUCUCAAGUAGGUUGAUAGUUGUAUAGGCAUUGCAAACUUUGAUUUUUCCCGUAGUACCUCCGUUUAUGCUCUUCUAAAAUACUUGCAUCUGAAAAGCUAUUUAUUAAACAUAAUACUGGAACUAACUUCAAUGUUGCAUUUCUUUAUGAAAAUGCAUACUUACUAUUUCACUAGUACAAAAGUGAACAAGAAUAAUAUGUCUGUUUUUUCAUGUGUUGUGACAGAAGCAUUGCUGUGUUUGUAUGCAACAAUAAGCCAGAUUUUCUGGCUUAUCAUGGUUUUCUGUACAUAAACAGUGGGCUCCUGUGGGCUGCCCAAUUGCUUCACUUGUCCCCUGAUGUGAACAAGGUAAACAAACCAGGGUUUUCCAUUUCAUCCAAACUGGGAUGUAAUGCUGUUCCCUAACAAGCGACCAGACAACCUUGAAUCAUGGUUUGUUGGCCUGCUGAUUGUAGUUUGCUUGUUGUUGUUGUUGUUUAGUCGUUUAGUCAUGUCCGACUCUUCGUGACCCCAUGGACCAGAGCACGCCAGGGAGUUUGUAGUUUGUAGUUUGCUAGGGAACAACAAACCAAUAUUUCCUCUGGCAUAAUGGGAAGCCAAGGCUUCCAGGUUUGUUUAUCUUGCUCUUAUAGGAAGAAAUGAAGCAGCAAUGAUCAGGCCACAGGCACCAACAAGCCACUCAUUGACAGCAAACCACAAUAUUAUGCAAAUAGGGCCCUUAUGUUUAUUACCAUCCUUCAUUUGCCAUUCUGCCAGUUUGACAUCAAAGGCAACUUGCAGGUACCAGACCUGUAAAACUAAAACACAAGAAUAAAAUUAUACAAAGCACAGCAUCUAAUUGUAUACAGUGGUACCUUGGUUUACGAACCUAAUCCAUUCCGGAAGUUCAUUCUUACACCAGAACCAUUCUUAAACCGAGGUGUGCUUUCUGUAAUGCAGCCUCCCGCCGCCGGUGCCCUUCCACCGUUCGGAUACCGUUCUUAGACCAAGGUAAAGUUCUCAAACCAAGACACACUCUGGUUUUGUGGAGUUUGUAAACCAAAUCGUUCUUAAUCUGGACUGUUCUUAAACCGAGGUACCACUGUAUAUGAAUUCUUAUUUCCUUUUGGGUAAAAUUUAGUGUAAUGUGAGCAGAAAAUCUGUUUUGGAGGGAUCCCUAUCCUUCCAGAGCAAAUUUUGAGGGCACAUGGGAGGCGAGGGAAGGUGAAGUCCCAUUGUGUAAGAGGAAAUCCAUUCUGCUCACAGAUGGACAAAUUUGGAUACACCCCUUUGUCUUUAUGCCCAAGGUGUGCUUUACACACUGUUGGUUUUUAAUAAGGAAAGCUAUUUUUUGUAUGCUUCUGAUAAAUAUGGCACUAUAUUUGACUCAGGCACAUAAAUCAGGGAACAGAUUGUCUGUGGCUCCCUGUGUAAAAUGUACAUUUGCCUCUGUGUAAUGUUUGAAAUGGUCUUCAGUUCCUCUGCUCUAAUAAUAAUUUAAACUAUUGAUAAAUUUUGCAAUUCAGUGGGGGGGAAGUUUGAAUGAAGGGGAAAUGCACCACUUUCCUGGGAUAGGAUUUAAAAACAACAUGUAUCCUGUAAGUAAAUACAGUUCUGCUAUACUGAAUUUAAGCUAACACAAUGAAGUCAAACAAAUAGAGCAAAUGUGUAUAGUAAGUUGUUGUUGUUUCCUCUUACCCUUGUUUGAAACAGGGCCUGGUGAGACACCCCGCAAUUCCCCAAGUAUAUUAGCAAUGCUAGAAACUUUGCAAAAUGCACCGCACCUGGAAGUCCACAAGGAUAUGAUCAGAUGGAUACUAAAGGUAAAUUGUGCUCCAUUUUUUCUACAUUUUUAACAGAGGAAUGUUACAAUAUUUAAAUAGCAAACAAUAUAAACUUCCUUGUUCCAGACUUUUAAUGCUGUUAAGAAGCUCAGAGAGAGAUCUUCUGCAAGUCCUGUAUCGGAGACAGAAGGAAAUAUUAUGGAAGAGGUAAAAAUAAAACCAUUGAGUACUUAACCUAGUAUUUACCAUUCAUUAAAUACACUUAUAUCUCAAUGGGCAGAUUUAGGGGAAUUUGUAGUGGGGGGAGGAGUUUAUGUUACCCUUGUUGAUGGGGAACCUGUGCGCUAAGGGCCUAAAUCGGCAGUGGUAGUCAGUGGGGCAACUGUUGCCUAGCAGAAGGGAAAGAGGGAGGGAAAGGUCAGCUUGGUGUAUAUGCACCAGUGGAGCCAUUCCGAUGCUCCUGGUGCAUUAGCACCGCACCAACCUUGCCACUGCGUCGCCCCUACACCUCCUGAUAAGCAGAAGCAACACAGGCAACGGAGUCAGAUGAUCACCACCACCCUGGCAACUGUAACUGCUAGUUAGGCCAGGCACAGAUACAUAUUUGGCUCAUGAGGCCAUUUCUCUUAAACCACAUCCACGUAUCCCACAGCUGGCAUAAUAUUUGACGUCAGGUGUGGGGCAAGUACAGAAAAUUUGGCUUAUUUUGCGCGGGGUUUUUUUUUAAUGUCAAGACACUCGUAAAUUGUGGAAUCCGUUCAUAAACGAAGAUCAGUUAAAAUCUGCUGUGUUUGUUAACGUAACAACUUUGUAGAGCACACGAGAUAAAGAAAAGGCCGAGAGAAAGAGAAAAGCCGAGAUUGCCAGGCUGCGCAGAGAGAAGAUCAUGGCACAGAUGUCUGAGAUGCAGCGACACUUCAUUGAUGAGAACAAAGAGCUCUUCCAGCAGACUAUGGAUGAACUUGAAACUUCUACCUCCAGAGUGCAUGAUAAUAGGUAAGAUGAAAGGGACAAGCAGUGUAGUAGACUCUUCACUUUGUCAUUGUGCAACGGCAUUUUCACUCCAGCCGGUGUUUAUAAUUUCUUAAGCUUGGAUCCUAAGAGUGUCAUGUGCAAACAGAAGAGUUUCCAAUCCAGUGGAGGAUGCUGCUGGAAGAAGGACAGGAGAGGAGGGAGCCCUUAAACAUCCACAAUGACAUCUACUAAAAUAAUAUGGGAUGUGCUUGUGUAUGUUUUGUGCUUUGAAUUCUGGCACAUCUAAACACUUUCAAGAGUGCUGCUUUUAACUGUGACACUAUGGAGAGCUCCUUAGAUUUAUUUAUUUUUUAAAAAAGUAGGACUCUUCUGAAAGUUUUCUUAAGGCAUAAGCUGCAUCAUAUCCAAAUUAAAAUGUUUGCAUUGGCAGCUGCAUACGAUGAACUGAACUAUUGCCUUAGUUUGGAAAACAUUCCAGUGAAAUACUUACUAAUAUCAUUUGAUUCUAGUCCUUCAGUUUCAGAUACCAAGCUUACAGCUUUGGGUCCUGAGCAAACUAAAGUGACUGCACAGAGGCAAGUUGUUACCUGUAUCUUAUGCCAAGAGGAACAGGAGGUUAAGGUGGAUAACAGAGCCAUGGUGCUGGCAGCAUUUGUUCAAAGAUCGACAGUCUUGUCUAAAAACAGAAGUAAAGUGAUUCCAGAUCCUGGUAAGUAGAGGCAACAUUGUGAUACUGGAUAUCCAUCUUUGUCAUUGUAUGUGAUUUCGGUAGGUCUCCUAGAUUUGAAUAAUAACUACAAAGAUUCUGUUCAACGUAUGUAUUUAUAUACUGUAGUUUUAAUUCUAUUAAUGUUUAAUCGUUUUUAAUGGAUGUUUUUUCUAUGCUUUUGGUGAUUCUUGCUUUUAUCUGUAAGCCACCUUGAGCCACAUCAGGGGAAAAGACCGUGUGUAAAUAAAUGUAUCAUCAUCAUCAUCAUCAAAUAUUUAAAAUCACCCUGGUUCUAGCUUAAUGCAGAGGCCUUGGGCCACCAGGAUUUUCCCAGUGGCUGAGUCUAGUGCAUGUGUAUUAGCCAUGAGCUACGUGGGAAAUAAAUUUUAAAUAAUUAUUUGAUUUAGGAUGUUAAUUCCUUAAUAAUGUAAAGGUAUUUUCAAAAUCGAUGUGAGUAAAAUUUGCAGUUUUUCAUUCUAAUGUUUUUCUUAAAAUGUCUUUACAUGCAGAAAGAUAUGAUCCAUUGUUCAUGCACCCGGACCUGUCAUGUGGAACAUACACUGGUAGCUGUGGACACAUUAUGCAUGCCCACUGCUGGCAAAGGUAACUUUCAUUUUAAAAGUUUAAGAGAUGUCAGUUUAGCGCAGUUUUCCUCUGUGGUCUGAUGCACUUGGCUAAGUAUUCAUGUACAGCCACUCAAGUAAUUCAUGAUGUCCCUGCCUGAGAAGUUGAUCUCCCUUUUGAUCAUCUUUGAGUCCAUGGUUGCAUGUUACAGGCCUCAUAAUGUUUUGGCUCUACGUAUAGUGCAUAUCUGCAGACUGAUCAGAAGGUCAGGUGAAGAUUAGGGUCACUUUGGGCAGCAGACUGUCUACCUGUUAAUGGGGCAGAGAAGAAUUUUGAGACAGUGGUUUUAUUUUGUAACAAAUCUCUAACAGGAACAAAGCUUAGGAGCAAGAAUUGGAUGAAGGGAAGAAAAGGAAAUUGACUGACCAAUCCGAGAGCAAAUAAAAGCAUUUUACCUAUAACCACCCCUACACCAGAAGAAUGUUUAAAUUUUCUUCGUACAAAAAAGUUUCUGUAGUCAACUCCAUUUUGUCUCUAUAUAUUUUAACAUUUUGAAGACAAAUGUAAAGUAUGUCUGAGAGAACACUACAUCUUUAAAAAAAAUGCUGCAACUUCACUGUUCAUUAGCCCGAAAUAAAUUGAGUUGCUUGCAUAAGAAAAAUUAAAUUAGGUAAAGAACAUUUGCACUCCGUGUCUCACUAUUUCCUUUAUUCCUCUAACCCUGGUGAAAGGAAACUCAUGUGUUUUAUCAUCAUUCUCCCCAAGUAUGCAUGCAUUCCCCAAACAUAUACUAAUGUUAGGUUAUGUAUGCCCAGCUGUUUUUGACCUUGCUCAUUGAGCUUAUUUCUAAAGAUGUGCCCAAAUGGAAAGGUUUCGUUGCAGUGAAUUCCCAUUUUGAGACAUGCUUCCUGCUGGUGAUACUAUUCUUGUAUUGAAGUGUCCUAUAAUUGAGAGGUUCUGUAUGCUGCAUUUGGCUGGCCAGUACCGCAAACCUUCUAACAAGGACUUUACACGCUGGAGAAGAUGUCUUUUGUGUUGAUGAAGGCAGCAAAGUAGCUUUCAGUGGUAUCUUGUGGAAAUCAUUUUGCAGAGCUUUAACUUAUGCUUCUCUCCAAAGGUAUUUUGACGCCGUACAAGCAAAAGAGCAAAGGCGACAACAAAGAUUACGUGUGCACACAAGUUACGAUGUAGAAAAUGGUGAAUUCCUUUGUCCCCUUUGUGAAUGUUUAAGCAACACGGUCAUCCCUCUACUUCCUCCCCCAAGGAGUUUGUUUAACAGGUCAGUUACCCUUUCUUAGCUACUCUGUUGGUUUGAUUUAAAAAACCUAGUACUACUUUCCUGAAGGAUGGGGGGGGGAACCACCCAGAACUGAUUUUGAGGAUCGGUCCCAAGAGCUGCAGGAAGGGGGGAGGGCGCAUAAUAGAGGGGGGGAAAUCACCUCUAUGAGUGGAUGCAGCUUGUUUGUUCAAAAGAUCUGGUGCAAGGGCACAAAUUGGAUGCAACUCUGGAGAGUGUCUGAUAGAUGCUGGGUGUGUGCUGUGUUCUCUUUAAUGUUGGGAAAACAUCAGGUAUCCUUAAUUUGACAUCACAGCUUAUUAAAGAUUUUUGUGUGGUUAUGAAAUGCUUAGUAGUCUUGAAAUCAUUCAGGGUGUCUUAACAAGCCUAGGCCAAUCAUCCCGGCAAUCUUACUCUCCUUUGAGGAGUAUAGUUACAAGAGAAUUUGCAGAUAGGUAUAGAAAUGUAUGUGUAUAAAUGUAUAUGCAUAUGUAUACAUUUAUAUAAAAAUAAUAUGUAAACAGCAAAGCCGAAGAGGGUAUCAUUUGGUGUUGAUGCCUGCUUUUUAUUGUUUUUGUAUAUGUUAUAGUAGCCUUGUAUUUUUGACUUAUUACCUUCUGGGCUGUGUUACAUUUUAACGUGUAGUGGGAGAAAACAGACUGUAUUGAUUGCAGACUAGAUGGGUAGACUGAAGCCUGCUGACAAAUUCCAGUUCAAGAGUUUUAUGAUGAAGUGCUGCUGCAAUUGUCAGAACUAUUAAGUCAUGAAUUUGUAUCAGUGGUGCCAGCAGAAUACUUCUGCUCCCACAACUGGACUUCCCCUUCCUUUUCUCUCCCCAGGAUUCCCCACUCCAUGCACUCUCAAAACCAGCCCCAGAGGGUUGGGAAAGACUGGGAAGCAGAUCCUGGCAACACACAGGGACUGCAGCAGGGAGGAGAGGGAGGAGAAGUCCCAUUGCAUUAGCACAACUCCCUUUUACACAGCUUUAGGAUACAACCAUAUAUAUUUAGAAGCCUAUUUUAUUUUAAAAGCAUAUUAUCUUAAUGUUUAAAAAAUGUUGUCCAUUAAGGGCAACAUUAAUGCUUUAUGUUGUCACAGAUUACUGGGAUAUCUCUUAACAUACGUAGUCCUAACGUAUCACUGCUCUGUUGUAAAAGUUGUGCAUGCUUUCAGCUUGUUUUGGUUUGCCCUAGCAAAAGCUGCAAAAGAUUGGCAAAGCAAAGUCGCACGUGGCAAAACCUUAGCGCUGAUAGGUAAACAUCAGUAAUCAUAUGCUUAAUAGGUCAGAGAGCUGCAUUAAAAGAUUUGCUGUGCCAGAGUAGAAUUUGUCACACUCGCCCUCUAAUCCUCAUGACAUAGUUGUUGUUUUUCUUCUUCUGUUGAAUGCUGGCUUCUGCAUGAUGGCCACAGGAAAUGACAAAUACUUUUGGAGAAACUGAGACUAAUUCUCCUGAGGAAACAGCUCUAAACAUAAUCCAUUUGAUUUCUGAUAGUAAUUGUGACGAUCACAUAGGGUCCCCGGAUGUUUAAUGGUCUAUUGAUCCCUGUGCCACCACUGUGCUCGCUUCUCCGCUGCCACCAACCCGUUACUCUCUCGUAAAACACUGAGUCCAGACAGUUGUUAAAAGUGAACCAAAAAACAAGUUUAUUUUACAAACAUUAACAAGUUUAUGGUUUCUCAGAUAAUACUCCUUUCAGUAUCUUAACUUUAGUUUCUUUACCAGCCUAUACCUUCCUAAUACCUUCUGCCUGAUUAUCUCAACUGUUUGACUGACUCCUCUUAACAAAUUCUCUCCCUCUCUCACACCAGACUAGCCCAACCCACAGACUUAUCUUCUCUGUCUCUUCUAACUCCAGACUGUCUUCUCAACCACCCUAACUCUCUCUCCAAAAAACCCCUCUGUGCUUAAACAUUAUACACAGUUAACUCUGCCCCCUGGGUUCUCAUUGGUUAGUCAUUUUACAAUUAGUUAACACUUUCCUUAUGAACCCAGUAUGAUGUCACACACCUAGGAGGGCAAACGCCACAGUAAUCCGUUGGGUUUGCUGCCUCCAAGUCUGAGAUACAACAUGUUUAACAACUAGUAGUGGUGGUUCAGAGAAAAAACAAAAUGGAUUAGAUUCAGAGCUGCUGUGACUUGGAUCUAGCAGAUACACCCACUGGAGAAAGGAGAGGAGCAUUUUAUUUUAUUUUUGCUAUUCCCUUUCCUGCACCACCUUCCAUCUUGUUCCAUAGUAUGGGACCCAUCUGCAGGAAGCAUGGGGGUCUUCAGGGCAAAGGGGGAAUUGGCAAAAAUCAACCUCUCUCUCUCUCUCUUCUGCCCAUGGAAGCAUCCAUUUAGCAGAGUUCUUCUUCAUGCAACUAUAGAUCCAAUCCAAGAUGCUAGUAUUAAUUUAUACCGGUAUAUGAAAGACUGGAGUUUCUUUGGUCAUUUCACAGAAUCACAGAAUCGUAGUUGGAAGGGAUGCAAAGGGUCUUCUAGUCUAACCCUCUCCAAUGCAGGAAUGUCAGCUAAAGCACCCGUGGCUGAUGGCCAGCCAACCUGUGCUUAAAAACCUCCAAGGACGGAAAGUCCACAACCUCCUGAGGGAGUCUGUUGCAUCAGCAAGUUCUUCCUGAUGUUUAGUCAGAAUUUCCUUUCUUGUAACUUGAAUACUCCAUUGAUUUGGGUCCUACCCUCUGGAGCAAGAGAAAACAAGCUUACUCAGUCUCCUCUUCUCGAGGCUAAAAACAUACCCAAUUCCAUCAACUGUUCCUCAUAAUGCUUGGUUUCAGUCCAUUGAUUCCCUACCACUGGUUGCAUUGCUGGGUCUUAGCAUUGUGUCUCUUGUUCACCCUCUAGCAGAGUUAUGCAAGAGCAUGAUAGAAAAACAAUUCAGGAAACUGGCUUUGGUGGGGAAUGGAAUGGAAGUGCAUUGCCUCUCUCUUCCUGUCCCAGAGUUCUUGAAUUGGUGAGGAAAUCACCCGUGGGAAUGCCCUGCUCAUAUAAGAAUACUGCACAAGGCCUGCAUUCCUGAUGUCGGACUUGGGGGACUGUUGUAUCAUGUAUGUAAAAAUAUGACUUGAAAACACAUAUGUAUAUGCUUGUUCUUGACAGGUUAGAUUUUUCAAGUCAACAAAAUCUUGCUCAGUGGAUAAGAACAGUAUCUCAGCAAAUCAAAGCAUUGUGUAUGCUUCGAGAUCAGGAAAGUGCUAGUAAGUGAAUUCUGCUUACAUUAUCACACUUCUCAGGGAAAGGUGUUGAAAAAUAGUGUGUUUGCUGUUCAGGUUCAAGGGAUUUUUCCUUUUGCGUAUCUAAUUGGCAAUGAGACUGUUCUGAUGGUCUCUCUAUUGGCAAGAGUGCUUUUUUCUACAGUUUGUAGAGUGCAGACAUCAUGAACAAUAGUAUUAACAUGCCAGUAAAGUAAUGUAUCAUUUGCUUACCUUUCAGGUAAACCCUCUUGUAGUAGCUCAGAAAAAAUGGAUGAACUGCAACUACCUGAAGGGUUUAGACCAGAGUUCCAACCAAAGUAUGUAUCUGUUUAUUAAUAAUGAACUUCAAAUUGUCCUGCUACCAAUUUAAAUACAGUUUGUUCAGCACUAGCAGGCCAGGGGCAUGUAAGAACUCUUUUAUAAGCUACAAGAUAAAAUAUACACAUUUUGGCAUUUUUAAUUAUAAAAUGCAUGUGAUGUUCAUAACAUUUACAGAAGCCAAAUGGAUAUGAUGUGAGUUUCUUGACUUGUCUUUUAUUUUAGGAUGAGCAACUGUGGGUGAAAAAAAAGCAAAACAUCCAGACACUGGGUGAUAUCCAGUGUUAGUCAUACUCAGAGUAGAUUAUUUUAUUUUCAGUGGGUAUAUUCUGUGUAUGACUGACAUGGGAUAUCAUCACCCAAUGUUGUGUGUAUGAAGAAGGAGACUCAGUUCAAAAUCCUGAUACUUAGAUUUGCAAUAAAUCUAAAUAUUGAUUUAAGUUCAGGCCAAAAAUAGUGUGCAAUGGAGAGUGAUAAAAGCACUCUGGAAUACUUUGCAAAGGUUUUCAGUUGGUUGGAAACCUAGGUCCAGCAACUGAGGAUAAGUUAUCAUUAAGGAUGUUUAGUUUUACUUUACAUAAAUGAAUAAAAUUGCCAUCUAACAACAACAACAAAAAUUAGCAAAAAGAGCAUAGCCAAGAUUACUCCAGAUUAUAAAGUAAUUGUCCUCAUCCCUUUCAGCACAGCAGUAUCACCAAAUCAAUGGACUUUUGCAGUUUUUAUUCACAGAAGUGAAUACAGUGAGCAAGAGGUGUUCUGAAAAAUGCGGUUUAAAACCUUCCUAAACUAUGAGAUCCAAAUAAACAAGGAUGGCAGAUAAUGUAAAGGGCACAUUAGCUGGGACAGACUCUGUGUCCAGGGCAUGCUUGGACUUUUAGACUAGGAAUGUAUUCCAGCCAAUGUGAAGCUUCUCAAAAUCAUGCUUUAAACCUGUAGUUAAUAGUGUGUGUUCUUCACAUAUUUAAGGAAUCCGUAUUCUGAAAGCAUUAAGGAAAUGCUGAAAACAUUUGGCACUGCAACAUACAAAGUGGGCCUGAAGGUUCACCCCAAUGAAGACGAUCUACGUGUACCUAUAAUGUGUUGGGGCAGUUGUGCAUAUACAAUACAAACAAUAGGUAACAAAUUUACCAUUCGUUAAAAUGUCGAAGCUCAGGGGAGCAAGAUCCAUUUAGGUGUUCUGCUACUCUCACUUAACUUAUUAUUUUUGCCCUCCACAGAACGGAUUUUAGCAGAUGAAGAGAAACCAUUAUUUGGACACUUAUCUUGCAGACAGGUAUGAUGUGCCGACCAGCUAAGGCUAAAGCACUGAGGGAUAAGUAGAGAUAGUGAAGUUAUAACUUUAACUUAUUUUGGGUCCCCUGUAGUUUUAGAAAAAUAGCCAUCUAUUACAAAAUAACCACCUGUUAUAGAUUAUUAAUAUGUGUCACCUCCACAAUUUCAGCAAAGCAAGGAAUUUUCCAAAGGGCUUAAUUUUCAUUAAACAGCUUGAAGGAAUGAGGUUUGCUUUUGUCUGCUCCUUUGUUUGCCGUACUUGCUUGCAACUGUGGUUAUGUCCUCUUCCAGGAUGACUGCCUUACUUCGUUGACGAGAUUUGCAGCUGCACACUGGGCAGUUUCUUCACUCUCGGCAGUACAGGGUCACUUUGGCAGGCUUUUCUCAUGUAAGUUCAAGAUCACAGUAAUUCUUCUCAAUUUCAGAAUUAUGACAGAGCAACCAAACUUGAAGAAAAGCUUGUGCGUUCUUAAAUAACAUUUUGGAUCCAUAGUUAUGAAAUUCUACUCAAUAUUGAUCCAGAGUAGAUUCCAGUGUAUAGUUAGCAGAGUAAAAACUUAAACUCGUUGCAAGAGUCCCAAAAAGUAGACCAGAGGCAAUUAUAUUUCAUCCAGCAGAGCUUUACUGCUACUGAAGGCAAAGGAGCUUAAUGGUCACAAAUCCAAUACAUUCAGGAUUGCCACUAUCCAUAAGAAAUCCAGUUGCAGCAGACUUAACUUAAACUUACAAUAACUUAUAAUAAGUGUAAAGCUUAACACUAUAUACAGAACACCACACCAGAAGGAAGAGAGAUAGAGAUAGAAAGUGAAGCCCAGGCUUCUUCUGGCCUUACUUUUAUAGUCAGCAUGACCCUUGACAGAAGAGAUAACAAAACCAGUUUGUACUCAGUUUCUCUGAAGGAAUAAACCAAAUGAUAUGAGCCUUCUGUUUGUUUCUUUCACACAGAGAAGCUUCCAGAACCCUCUUGAAUUAAUUAGAAUAGGAAAGAUCUCUACACAUCAGAUCAAUACUUUCUGCACUGGGAAAUGCAAACUGACAAGUUAGGCUUCCCCUCAAUCAGCAUGUUGCUGAUUUAAAUUGCGUCAGACCAUUAGUCCACCUAGCCAAGGACAGUGUCUAACCCACCUGGCUGACAGGCUUCCAAGUGGAGGUGCUGUGUCUUCCUGAGACAAAGCAUUAUUGUCCAUAGCUGAGUGUUUCUUCAUGGUAACUGUGGUCCAUAUUUUGAAAGUUUCAUCCACCGAAGGUAAUACUGGGGACCUGAGUAAUAGCCAUUGAUUUCUGAGUGUGACUUAGGUCUAUUAUCACCCACUAAAUCUACUUCAGACUCAGCAAUACUACUCUGAAGCUCAGGUGCCAUUAGGUUAGAAAACAGUCUACAGUUUCAGAAAUUAAAUGUCGAAUAAUAAAAUUCUGACAUCAGUAACCAUUUUGUAUUUUAAAUAUCCAGCUCUGGUGCCUAAUGAAAAAAGUGGGAAUCUUGCUUGCAUUCUUGAUAUCGACAUGUUUCAUUUAUUGGUAAGUACCUUUAUAAAUUCUGACAGUGCUGCAAUCCCAUAUGCCAUAUAUCAUUAGCUUAACUUUUGGGGGGAAAGUCCGGCACACUGGAAAUAAUGUCUAGCAAAAUAUUUUUAUGAAAUAUAGCAGAAAAGAAAGGUUGCAGGUCAGGAAGUAAAUACUUGGUGUAUGAGUGACUUUUCCUUUGGUUUACUGAAGUAGUGGGUCAGUAGUUAACAUUCAAAGUCAGCCCUGUUUGUUGCUUUAUGUAAGGAUGCUGAAAAGAUGGCAUUGCGGGAUUUGGCUAAGCAGACGUAAAUGGGGAAUGGAUGAGAGAAUUCAGUCAUUCUGUCUCUUACAGAUUUUCCCCUUGUCUACAGGUGUGCUUGGUGCUCUCUUUCCCUGCUGUACACAGUCAGGAUUUUUCAGGAGUUAGUCUUGGUACUGGAGAUAUUCAUAUCUUCCACCUUGUUACUAUGGCACAUAUUGUACAAAUAAUGCUUACCUCAUCCACAGGUAAUGUGUUCUGUUUAAAGUUAUGCUGAUUUGUGCAUGAAGGGAAACUAGAGAAGGGAAGAGAAAUAAUUAUGGCUUCUUGGGCAAAAUAAUGGUUAACCGUGAUGCAGGUGUAUAUUGUGAUAGCUGCAGUUAUGCUUUAUGAAACGAAGAGCAUUGCUCCAGUGCAACUUUUUGUUAAUGCUACUAUGUUCUUGGUAUAUAGAUUUAGCAAGUUUUCAAAUUGCACAAAGUUCUCUGGUGAAGCAUCUACAACUGUGGUCACUACAAUUAGGUUUAGACUUACUUUGUUCACUUUUCAGAAGAAAAUGGCAUGGACCAAGAAAAUCCUACUGGUGAAGAAGAAGCAGUUCUUGCUUUGCAUAAAUGUCUUGGCCGGUAUGCAGGAAGGUAAAAUCAUAAUUUUUGGUGCAGCCUUUCCAGACAUUGUUCUACUUCGCUUGCCUUCUCCAAGCUUAAUAUAUAUGGAAGCUCAUUUCUUACUCUCCAGAGGUGGAGCCACAUGGAGAAAACUCUCUGCUGACUAUUCCAGAUAAUCUCUGAUGAGCAGGCAGUCUUUCAGGUGUUCUGGUUUAUGGCUUGAAAGAACCCAAUGUGGGGCUCAAACCCACGACCCAGAGAUUAAGAGUCUCAUGUUCUACCAAAUGAGCUCAGGGCUAGCUCAGUGACAUGAUACUGCUUUACAUGUAUAAUGUAGAUGGGGCCUUAGUUACUGUGGGGUUAUUAAAGAUGUGGGGUUAGCCCUGGGACUGAAUAGUGUUUUGACUUCGAAUCUACUUUAAAAAACAAUGAAGUCAGAAGAUUUGGGGUGGAAUCCAAUUGGUGCACUUGCACUCUUUUCACCCAGUGAAAGCUUUCACUAAUGGAAAGUAAAGGAACAUUAUUAUUAUAUUGCUGAUUUUCCUGUAUCACCUCGACUCCACAGCACCCCUAAAACAGCUCUACAGAAUUUGGAGACAGGGCCAUGCUAUCCCAUUAGCAAAGGCAUCUGCUGGAUAAAUAGUCAUUCUGUGAGCAUAAGGGCACCAGUUGGAUCACACCCUUUAUUUCCCUGCCUGGGUACUUAAUUAAUGAAAUGUAAAAUCAAUUAAAUGUUUGUGGCAUUUUGUGUAACUUUUAAGAUUGAUUUCACAAAAAUUCUACAUCUGUUUUUAUUCUUAGUGCCUUCAAAGAAAUGUCCUCUGGAUGGCAUCUAUGGAGAAGUAUAAAAGCUGGGAUCAUGCCUUUUCUGAGGUGCUCUGCUAUGUUCUUCCACUAUUUAAAUGGUGUUCCAGUACCACCAGAAUUGCAAGGUAUAAAAUCAGUUAGCCACUUUGAUGCAAUAAUGUGAAUGGCUGGUGAAGUGUAAUUUUAAACACUAAAGAAUGAAUUGCAGCUUUGUAUAUUCGGUAUUAUAACUAAUUUGUCUUGAAAAUGGAAGUGAGGUGUAAUGUGAUUUUAUAGACAGUGCAGUAGUGGAUAAUUAAAUUUUUGAUAGCUUACACUUGUGAACAAAAUAUGCAUUAAAUAAGGAACAAAAAUGAAAAACAAUAACCUUGCAGAAUUACCAUACCAGGUGUAAAGAGCUAAAUAUAAACUAAAGUGGCCCAAAUCCAGAGAACAUUAAUUGUGUUGAAGUGCCAUUAAAAUAAAUAGCUUGUCAUGACUAAUUUUAUGUCCCAUUAAUUUCAAGGGGACUUCAGUUGGGCUUUGCAUGUGGGCCUAUUAGUUUUCCCUUGGUUGUUGCUAUAUUUCGCUAAUUCAGUUAAUCUCAUUGGAAAUGUGGGUUCUUUUACCUGCACAUCUUACAAUGUGAUACAUAUCCUCUACCAACAAUCCCCUUGCACAUUCUACAUAGGACAGACAGGUCAGCUUCUGCACAGAGACUCUACGCAAACCAUUGGAGGGAAUUUUCAACAUCACAGAAUAGUCUGUAACCAACCUUAAGGUGAUCAUGCUGGAAAAGGGGAACUUCAAAAGGAAACUGCAAUAUGAAACCGCUGAAUCACAACAAUGUAUAUACCUGUAACUCAGGAUGUCAUUUAAUGCAUCUCUUUGAGGUCCCCCCCCCCCCCGCAGUAUAUAAAUUUUAUGAAAUAAGUAAAUAAAAGCAUCUAGCGAAGCAAACUGUAGUCCAUGAAAGCUUAUUCCCUCUUAAAUGUUAGUCUAUUGCAGCACAAAACAUAACUUUUUUUGUGGAACCUUAAAGACUGCAAAAUGGCUACUUCUCUGGAAAUUAUACACAUGCGUACAUGUGUGUUUGGGGAGUUCCUUACAGAGGAUUGAUUCAUCUAACCAUCAUCAUAAUAUAUCUUUCUUUUCUCUCUCUCCCAUUGCAGUCAGUGGGGCAAACCAGUUUGAACAUUUAUGUAGCUAUCUCUCUUUGCCAAACAACCUCGUUUGCCUUUUUCAAGAAAACAGCAAAAUUACAGAUACGCUAGUUGAAAGGUAGGAACUAUAUUUAUUAUUUCAAUUUAAAUAAAUAUACAGUGGAAAAACACUUUUUUUUUGUAGAGCGUUUAUAUCAGAUGACAGAGAGAACUAUCAGUGUGUGCAUUUAGAGACAACCUGAUAGUUAAACAUUAUAAAUCACUGUGCCAGCAGAAACAUGCUUAUUUAAAAUAGUGCAGGGCAGCAAUUGCAUCCAUGCAGUACACAUUUGCAUUGUUCUGUGCUGUUACAGGCAAAUGUGAGUAUUUUGCAUCACACAGCUAUAAGGAUUGGUACUACCUCAUUGCAUUGGAGUAUAGUUCCCAAAUGCAAGAUCCUGGCAUGGAGAUAGUUUUCAUUCUAAUGGUGGCCUACAGCUGUUGCAAGAUUUUGUGAUGGGAUUGCAAUAGACAGCCUAUACCACAGUAGAUCUCCUCCCCACCCCCAAAAAAUAUGUGAAAUUUGCUUCUGCUGUUGGAAUGCUGAAAGCUGUUUUUGAGAAAUUUCACAGCAUUAAGAGUAUUUAAAUCACAACGGGUUUGAUCCAGAGAUGCUCUUUCGCAAAUGGAAAUUAUGGAUGCAGGAUCUGGAAUGAUGUACUUCUCAGUUGGCUCCUACAAGAAUGAACCCUAACCUCCCCCCCCCCUUUCCAUUAACAGCUGGUGUAAUAAUGAUGAAGUAAAAAGAUACCUGCAAGGUCAGAGACAAGCCAUAAGGUAAGUAAGAGAAAACCAGCAGGAGGGAAAGAUUCAGGGGUGUGUAAGACAUGCUGCUCACCCCAGUUUUUUCUGUGAAUGGGGCAGACUGCAAGUCUGCCACAUCCCUUUUGGCCUUUAGUUGGAGUUUGUUCGUAGGCUGUGUGGGUACCCCAUCCUCCCCCUACCCUGCUUCUUACAUUGUAGGUCCAGUUAGCCUAAUUAGCUGUUUUUUUAAAAGGGAGUGUAUAAAUCCAUGAUGGAGUUUCUAGUGCUAGAGUAAGGGGAUUUCAUACAGUGAUGCUGUCCUUGAAAGAAGCCUACCAAUGUGGGAACAUGGUCGGAAAAGUUCAUCAGCUGAAUGAGCAGACAAGUAUCAAUCCCAUUGCUGCUUCCCUCUUCGUAAUAGUUACCAUACCUUCCUAUUGCUCUUUUCUACUGCUUACCUCUCCUCAGCCUGCAUGCCUCUGUUUGCUGUCUCAUUUACAUCUUUCCAGUGUUUUUGUUGCCUGUCCUGAUGCAGGUAAUGACAGGUGGAAAUUGAAGCCCGAUUGAAAUAAGGCCAGGUCAUUCAUUUCUGCCAAGCAUGUUUGAAUGUGGGUAGCCACCACCUUCUCAGGAAGGAGAUAUUUGUGACUGGGCAGUAGUAGUCGCAUACCCUUGGGUCUGGGGAAGGUAGUCUUCAGGCGUGGCUGUAUCACUGCCUCCUUCAGAGCAGCAGGAACUGUCGCCUCCCACAAAAAGGCAAGGGUCACCCAAGCUGAUCUCACUAAGCUUGUAGUUAAAGGUCUUUCAAUAAUAAAAAAUGUCAAUACUACAUUAUAGCUUAACAGUGAAUCCAAAUGUACAGUAAUAGAUCAAACUGUUUACAUACCAAAGCCAAGUUUGAAAUGUAUUAAUUUGUAUUAUUGGUUCGUUUCAUUUUAGCUACCCGCGAGAAUCUAACAAAUUAAUAGACCUUCCCGAUGAUUACAGUAGCCUCAUCAAUCAAGCUUCUAACUUUUCGUAAGUCUUAUGCAAUUCCUUUUGACCACCUUGAUUUUUAUUUAAAUAAUUCUGAAACCAGGCUGUAGCUCAGUGACAGGGUAUAUAGCCUUUGUAGUCCUUGGCAUCUUCAGUUGAAGGGGGUCUUAAAGUUUUGAAAAAGUUGAAAGUGUUAUUAAAACUUUCAUGAAUGCUUUGUUCAGCUCCUUACUUUCUGUAUCCUUAAAAAUACUAAACACAUUUUACAAGUUUUUAAACUUUCAAAAUAUAGGCUUGGGCCCAAAUGUGCUCUCCAUGGGCAAAAGGGGAUUUGUCGAUUUAGUGAGAAAGAGGUAUCAAAUAGUGCUUUAUCUUCUGCUCUUGCUUGUGUGAGGUGCAUUGUUGCUUAGCUUCUCCCCUCUCCAUGAGCAAAAAGGCAUUUCGGCUCACAAAAGGCAUCUCCCUGUGCCCCAACUCCAGUCUCUUCCCAUUCUCCCUCCCUGCUGCAUCCUGUCCUGUUUCAGAUGCUCUUCCAUACUCAAGGAUCAGCUUUUGGGAGGAAGGGAAAGUGAUGACAGCAGGAAGCAGUUAGCAGAAGGGAGUUAGAAAAUCUCAUUGCCUGAGUGAAGUUCCACUCACCCUUCUUUGGAUCCAAGACAUGAACUAAAUGGAGUAUAUUAUAAUAGUCACAGUGAAACGUACCCAAGUAGAUAAGAUAGCGUGAUAUUAAAUAUAAAUGUCACAUCUUUUUGCUUCUUACAAAGGUGUCCGAAGUCAGGUGGUGAUAAAAGUAGAGCACCAACGUUGUGCCUUGUAUGUGGGACCAUGUUGUGUUCUCAGAGCUACUGUUGUCAAACAGAGUUGGAAGGAGAAGACGUAGGAGCCUGUACUGCACAUACGUUUAUCUGCGGCUCUGGAGUAGGAAUUUUUCUCAGGUAAGAGGGCGGUUGCACUUGAAUAGUUCCAAUGGACAGUCACACCUCUCCCACAGCGAGAGGAGACUUAAGUUGUAGGAUUUGUUUUUAAUAAUAAUAAAACAAUAUAUUAAUUAUAUUUCGCCCAUUUGCCUGGGUUUCCCCAGCCACUCUGGGAGGCUCCCAACAGAGUAUUAUAAUUAAUAAUAAUAAUAAAAGCAAUGAAAUAUCAAACAUAAAAAACUUUCCUAAACAGGGCUGCCUUCAGAUGUCUUCUAAAAGUCAGAUAGUUGUUUAUUUCCUUGACAUCUGAUGGGAGGGCGUUCCACAGGGCGGGUGCCACUACCGAGAAGGCCCUCUGUUUGAUUCCCUGUAACUUGGCUUCUCGCAGUGAGGGAACUGCCAGAAGGCCCUCGGCACUGGACCUCAGUGUCCGGGCAGAAUGAUGGGGGUGGAGAUGCUCCUUCAGGUAUACUUGGCCGAGGCCAUUUAGGGCUUUAAAGGUCAGCACCAACACUUUGAAUUGUGCUCGGAAACGUACUGGGAGCCAAUGUAGGUCUUUCAGGACCGGUGUAGUAGUAAUAAUAAUUUAUUUGUAUCCCACCCUCUCUGGUCGAGGCUGGGCUCAGAGUGGAUAACAUCAUAAAAACAACACAAUACGCAUAAAAACAGACAUCAGUUAAUUAAAAUACAUCUUAAAAUUAAUUCAAACAAGUUAAAAUCUGGGCAGGUGGCAAUUAUCAGGUUGUAACUGAGAGAGGUUAAUACUUGCCAAGGCCAGCUGUUUCCACUGAUCAUAGAAGGACCUGUGAGCGGGCUGGGGGCCUCCUUCAGGCUUGUUUUAUACAGAGGAAAGUAAAUCAAACUGCAUCCUGCCCAAAGGCCUGGCCGUCUUGAGGCCCUGCGGAAAGAUGUCAAAUCCCGCAGGGCCCUGGUCUCUUGUGGGAAAGCGUUCCACCAGGCUGGGGCCACAGCCGAAAAGGCCCUGGCUGUAGUCAAAGCCAGUCUAAUUUCCCUGGGGCCCGGGAUCUUCAAGGUGUUGUUAGCAGUUGUUAUGUGGUCUUGGCGGCCGCUCCCAGUCACCAGUCUAGCUGCCGCAUCCUGGAUUAGUUGCAAUUUCCAUGUCACCUUCAAAGGUAGCCCCACAUAGAGCACAUUGCAGUAGUCCAAGCGAGAGAUAACCAGAGCAUGCACUGCUCUGGCAAGACAGUCCGCAGGCAGAUAGGGUCUCAGCUGGUGUACCAAAUGGAGCUGGUAGGCAGCUGCCCUGGACACAGAAUUGACCUGCGCAUUCACUCUGCACUCAUCUCACGCAACUGCUCAUAGAGGAGGCACAGGCUGUGGUUCUGUGAAAAUGCCUCAUUUCUUCUGCUUGUGAUGAACUUUAACCUCUAAUUGCUGGUGGAGUUAUUGAUUUAAGAGACAUACGGAGUUACAUUAACCAGGACGUCCUCUUUUGUGUGAUCUUUUCAGAGUACGGGAGUGUCAAGUGCUAUUCUUAGCUGGAAAAACAAAGGGCUGCUUCUAUGCUCCUCCUUACCUUGAUGACUAUGGAGAAACGGAUCAGGGACUCAGGUAGCUUUCCGUAUUCUGUGUUGUAUUUGUUUUGUUCGUUUCCAAAAAACAAAACAAACAGCCUAUGUUGCCAGAACUAAAGAAAAGCAUCGUGAUGGUGAACUGCAUGAAACCAUCAAUAGAGUUAUAUUAAUUUUCAAAGUUAAUCGCAGUUCUGUGAAAUAGACCCAUUUCACAAAAAUGGACUUCCAUGAGGUCAUUUAAAUUGUUACUAGUUAAUAAGGAUGGCCACUGUUGCCAUGGCUUCUAGCUGUCAGGUGCAUAUGGAAAUACAAUUUCUAGAGUUGAAUCCGGUAGUUGAAGUCACUGCAAGUUUUGAACAAAAAGUUAAGCAUCCAGUCAGUGAAUCCUGUUGCAGGAUGCCUUUCAAACUGAAGAUUGAGGGCACUGCUUAAUGUGCAGAUGUUGUUAAUAUCAUGUGGGAGCAUCAUGGAAACCCUACUCUGGCUAAACUCUACAGCAAGGGUAGCCAACAUGGUGGUCUCCAAAUGUUGUUGAACUACAGUUCCCAUGAUCCAUGGCCAUUGACCAUACUGGCUGGGGCUGGUGCAAGCUUCAGUCUACCCGUGCUCUACAUUAUUAUUAUUAUUAUUAUUAUUAUUAUUAUUAUUUGUACCAGAACCUUUUGUCUUAUGGUGCCAGCCUCAUGGAAACUGGGCAAGUCUUAUUUGGUGUUUGGCCCGCAAAAUGUGCAGUUUGGGGAAUAACGAAAGUCUGGGGAAGCAUAGAUUUCACCAAGGAUUAAGUACCAAUUGCAUAUGAGAAGCUAAUUGGAAUUAGGAAAACAGCAUCAAUCUCUGCCUGCCUCAUCUAGUUAGGAUAAAGAAGACAUAACAUUCUAUAUACCACAUAUCAAGUAUUCAAACUUGAUGUACUUUAUCUAAUUCAGGUGCGGACAGACUUCUGGCUUGUGGGAUCUACUUUGGGGUUGUUUUGUUUUUUGAAACCCCAAGAUCCACCAGCCAGAGCCAAGUGCAAAAGACAUACACUUAAACAUUUCUGGGCCCUUCUGAUCACUCGGAGAUCUACCUUUUGCUGACCCCUGAACUAAGUAAUCUUUACAAUCAGCCUUGUAAGGUCGAGCAAUACUUCAGAUGGUCAUGGGCAUAUGAGGGAAUAGACGAUACCCCAAGGUGUCAGCGAGGUGAUGCUUAAUGGAUGUGGAUAUGAUGAGGAAUGCCUGGCUGGUGACUUGCAUUUCUGGCCUCUUAGUGACAUCAACUUUCAGCAUGUGUCCAGGCCAUUGGGAGGAGGUGAGCUUUACUGAGCUUUGCUGUUAUGAGCCUUUUUCUCCGAUAGCUUUUAGUCACCUGCUUCCAUAAAGUGGUGCUGCUACUGGUGGUUUUCAUUAUUGUUUUUUAAAAAAAUAUGUUUAUUUUUCUCGGAUUUCUGGUUUGCCUAAUUGUUUCAGCCCUGAGACCAGGGCAUGCUUAUAAACGUUGCAAACAAAUGGUUUUAUUUAUUUAUUUUUACAUGCAAGAUAGCAUUUGGAACUUGGGAUAUUUCAUGUUCUUAUAGUUGCUUUUUCAUGGACUUUUCUACCCUAGACGAGGGAAUCCUUUACAUCUGUGCAGAGAGCGAUUUAAAAAGAUCCAAAAACUUUGGCAGCAACACAGCAUUACGGAGGAAAUAGGACACGCACAAGAAGCAAAUCAAACGUUAGUAGGAAUCGACUGGCAACAUUUAUAACUAAUUCCUUUCUGAAGACUGGAACUUCAUGGUCAUCCUUUUAUAAUCCAGCAAAAUUUGUCAGCCGAAAGGAGGAUUAGGAAACAAAGGAUUGAAGUAAUAAAGAGAAGAGUCUAGUUCUUUUAUUGACUUUUCCAUGUUUGUAUAUUUCCUGGUUUCCAUAACCAUGUAAACUUUUCUGUUUAGCAGAUUUGAUCAAUAGUAUUAUUUGCACUGCUUCUUUCGUACACAACCUUUUGAUUUCUAUAACUUGGGCUACUGAAUUUAACAUUGCUAUUACAAAAGUAGCCAUCUCCUUGGAGUAUGAAACUUUUUGGAUAAGAGGAGGAGAAACUGCUGAAAUGGCAACUUAGCACAAUGUUGAAGUGGUGUGUUCACCCUUUUGUAGUAAAUCUGAGCCAUUUUGCAUUUUAGUACUAAAAACUUGUAAUGGAAUGAAAUAGGAGUGCAAAAAAAUGUAGCAAUGGGUUUAUCUAUAGGAGUGCAGAAGAACACUCAUUGUAUCUAAAAUGACUUUGUAAUCUGAAGCCUUAAAGGGCUAUUUUGCCUUUGUCUUUCUUCUUCUUAAAAGAGAACACUUUAAUAAGGAAAACUAACUUAAAGAUCUUCUUUUUUUGAACUAUUGCACACUUUAGAAUUAUUGUGUGUAUUGUGAUAUUGACAUAGUGGGCAAAAACAGAACGCUGUUGUCCAUGCUGUGAUUGAUAACCUCCUAUGAUUAGAAGGUUGACGUUCUGCUUAGUUGAUUUGAGAUAUUGAGUAACAUCACCCAUCAGAGAAGUCAAGCGAAAAUUAAUUUGGUGUCAGAUUGAAUAGGAAGAGAAUAAUAAUUUCAUUUCAUUUCAUUUACAUUUGUUGAUUACCAGCCUUCAAGGUUCAGUAUCCUUUCCCCCUUUUAAAGUUCCAAGAUAAAAACAUAGAAGGCAAAGUGAGAACCAAGGACAGCCCCCCUCCCACCACAUGAAUUUCCUUUAAUUUGCACCGCCAUCUACAUCUAUUUGUACUUGGCUGGCGUUCUGUAAAGAAGUUUGUCUAUAGUAUAUUUUGUAAGUAUAUUGAAAUAACUGCACAGAUUUUGCACAUGGGUGCCUGAAGGCAGUGAAUUUUCUAAAUAUACAUUGGGGCCUCAAAUAAAACCAUAUAAAAUAACAUUAUACUUUCUCUAGAGGUUUCAUUCUCUCUGUCCCUUCCAAAUAGCAUCCUUUUAAAAUAAAUAACUAUAAUCUGUAAUCUUAGUUAGUUCUGAUAACUCUUGGGAUUUUUCCUGGCUUUCAUCUUCAGUUCAGAGAUGGCAUCCCACGAACAGCCAGUAUACUAGCAAUUAGUCUAAGUUUGGGUUUUUUCAGUGAUCUAACACAUCAAGUAGUGUUUACAGCAGUCUUCUAUAGGCUCAGAAUAGUUGCAGUAAAUACAUAGGACACAAAUUCAAAGCUAUACCAGUUCGGCUUCCUUUUCUUAGGGAGAAUAACUUUUGACAGGACAGGCAUCCAUCUGAUCAGUCUUCCUACACGUGUUUGCUAGUAGUUCCUGAGCCUCUCCUUCUUUGCUGAGUGUUGUGUAACUAGCAAGAAAAUAUUCAGUCUUCAUUUUCCCUUUGAUUAGGUUGUGAAUAAAGCUAUUUGCUGUGCAUGUUACACUUAAUGUACUACUUCUGCUCUGAUACUGUUUCUUUGGGAUUUUAAAAAACAAACUUGCUUUAAGAGGCAUUUAGUAACAAUGCAUUUAGAUUCUCAGUCUCCCCUGCUCCCCUUUUAUGGGUGCAUAAAACAGAAAAAUAGGAUCUGCUGCCAUUUAACUGACAAGUUUCUAUGUAAAGUAAAUAUUGAGAGAAUAAGGUCUUUUCCCCUCAGGUACUCUAGUCCAAGAUGGCAGUCAAAUGGGUUGAUGGAAUUAUGACUAUAUGACAUAGGAAAAGUGUAUAAAUUUAUCCUGGUUUUUUGUAGGAUUGCUCAUUCUUCAACAACCCAUUUUCUUUUCUGACUUUUUUCCUUUUGCAUGUAUUUAUGUUCAUUGUAGAAAUGUUUAUAUAACAAGCUUUCAGUAUCAGGGAAUUAAUACCUGUAAUAACUUUCAUAUCUGUGGACAACUUGUAAAAAUUCAAAUGUAUCAUAUGUAUAAAAAGUAUAAAAAUAAAUGCUUUAGGUGUUGACAUUCG